CCAGGCUUGGCUCUGACUUCAUGUUCACUCCGACAGGUGUUUACUUAAGGGGGUGCCGCAUGCCUGCUGAAAUACAAAUCAAUAUAACAGAGCUGAAGUCAUCUCGUUGGAUUUAGCUAGCAAAUAUUCAUUUGACAGGGUUUUUAUAGGGGGGGCGAAACCAGUUUGCCCUUCUGCCUCUGAAGAGAUAACAGCAUAAAAAAUCGGAAGCACAGAUACUGGAAGAUCACCUUCACAGAAGCACUGGAAGUGUUUGGCUUUGAAAAAGGACAGGCCGUUGGGAACUGUGCUGCCUGGAGAGACUUUGAAUACAGAAAAGGAGAAGAAGCAAUGACUUGUUGGGAUCUUGAUGGGGCUAGCCUGCUGUAAAGAACCUUCCCAUGUAAUGGUAAGUUUUCAGAAGUAACUGGGCAUUGCUGAAGAAAUGGGAAGGGAUAAAACCCUCUGUGUGUGCAUGUAGAGGAGGGAAAGCAAUAGGGAUUGUUGGACGGUCUGCUACUUCCAUCUAUCUAGCUUCUCUUUCUGUUUCAAACAGCAUAAGAAGAGUAGAGGAGCCUGCUGGAUCAAGCCAGUGGCCCAUCUAGUCCAGCAUCCUGUUCUCACAGUGGCCAAUCACCAGUUUUCCCAGGACAGGUGUUAGGCUAACUGGCCUGUAAUUUCCAGGAUCCAUUUUCCAUUGGAUCCCUUAAAAAAGAAAAGAAAAGGUGUUGCAUUUGCUACUUUCUAGCCUUCAGGUAUGGAAGCUGGUGUGAGACAAGUUACCUACUUUCAAGUUAUUUGAAAGCUCUUGUGCGGAUGCCAUCUUGACCCGGCAUUUUGUCAGUUUUUACUUUGUUUAUUAGGCCUAGAACUUCGUCCCUCAUCACCACUAUCUGCUUCAGUUCCUCAUACCCACCUCCUGCAGAGGUUAGUUCAGGCACUGAGAUCUGUCCCACAUCUUCUGUUGUGAAAAUGGAUGCAAAGAAUUAAUUCACUUUCUCCGCAAUCUCCUUAUCCUUCUUUAGUAUUCUUUUGAUUUCGUUGUCAUCCGAGGGUUCAACCAUCCCCUUUGAUGGUCUCCUGCUACUAAAAUACUUAAAUAACUUUUUGUUGUUAGUUUUAAUGUUUUGCUUCUCAAAAUCUUUUUUUCAGCAUCACUUAUUGUCUGCUUGCACUUCUUUUUUUUGCUGAACUUUGGGGGUUUUUUUUGUUCUCUUCAGUUUUUUGAAGGAAGCCUUCUUGACUCUGAUAGCUUCUUUGGCUCUGCUCAUAAACAACUCUGGCAUUCCCUUGGUCCUCAUGGUCCCUUUUCUGAUCUGUGUUAUACACUCCUUUUGAGUUUCUAAUGUGGUUUUAAACAAUUUCUAAGAAUUUCAACAUCCUUUUACCUCAUUUUGAGGAAGUUUCCUCUUUUGAAACCAAAUGGGACAGUAUUUAAUUUUCUUGGCAUUUGCUUGCAAAAAUAUGAACAUUAGUCAAUACUGCAUACAAAAAAAUGUGUUUGGGGAAAUUUGUACAACAAUGCUGAAAGGUUUUCAUGAAGAUGCUUUGAUUUUUUUAAAAAAAUUGCAAAUUGCUACAUAAAUGUGUACAGCUGAAUUUGAGAUUUUAAAAAAUGAGAAAUAGGGAGAGCUGAAUUUGACAGAUUCCUCCUUCCCUAGUGGGCAUAUGGAGAUAUCUGAGAAAGUUCUGUGUUUGCCACCCACAAAAUGGCUGCUAUGGGGACAUAAUAUAACACACAACGGCUAUAUAAUAUAACACACAAUGUGUGACGGGGUGAGUAAAGCAUCUAAAAAAGCAGGAAAAAAGACAGAACCAGUGCUUUUUUCUGGGGGUAGAAACGGGAGAAGAAACUAUAUAUAUAUAUUUUAAAAAAAUAGUUUCUUCUCCAGCACAGUGAAUUGUCAGUGCUGUUGCUACCCCUGAUGGCGGCCUCAUUUCCUGUCACGGUGUUUCCUGAGUCUCAGAUGGAAACGAGCGUUUAAUGUGUGAAGUAGGACUUGGAAUCUAGCACGGUGAUUGAUCAGUUUUGUUGUUACCACCUCCAAUGGCGGCUUUAUUUCCUUUCCCGGUGUAAUGCAUGUUCUUUGUACUUUUGUCCAUUUACUGUAUUUAUUUUUCCUGGUUUGAACUAUAAAAUGGUGGUUUUCUUGAAUCAAAAUGAGAGUACCUCUAAACUUUUUUUUUAAUAUAGAAAAAAAGUACUGGACAGGACCAUAAAAUGGUGAUUUGUGCUUGCCCUAUUAACCUUCUCAUCAGUGAAAAAAGAAGGCAAAAAACCACUGCAGGACUCAUUCCCAUAGAAGCUCUUUGCACCUCUUUGUUCAGAAUAGGAGGGCGGGUGGCCAGGCCUGCCAACCAACAAAAAGUGGGCAUUUUUUGUCAGGGUGGGGGGAUUUCAAUGUAGGAUAGGCUGAGGCAGAGCAAACAUUCUCCUGUGCACUGUGGAUUUUUGAGGGGGUCUUUACUGGGUCCUUUAUAGUGUGCCAUAGAAGAUACUGGUAGGUACAUGAUGUCGGCGGAUACUAUGUUGGACACCUCUAUUAUAAACAAAAUAAAAAGCACUGGAGGCCCAAAUGAAAUAACAUUCUAAGACAAUUAUUGAAUUUUUCAGUUAAAUGCUGUGAGGAAAGGUAACUGUUUUGCAUAUGAAAUGGAGCAAGCAACAUCUAAUGAAUAAAAAUCAGGAGAAAAUCCCUUCUAAAUUAAUAGGAUUAAAACCAUGAACUGCUGAAGUGGGAUGCAUGGCAGCAACACAGCCACAUCUUUUGCUUGAUCUUGAUCUCCUGAGGCAUUAAUGAAGUGGUAAUUGUAGGAGCAGUGGGUUAUUUACAGCUUUCACCAAAUAAUAGAUAAUUAGGUGAAAUAGCAUAGCUUUAACAAACAAAAUAGACAUUAAAACUGCAAAUUAGAACUAAGAUUGAUUUUAAAUCAGGGUGUGACAGAACCAAAGUACAAAAAUGUUGCAUCAAGCUUUAAUGAACAUCUCUCCAGAAUUAUUUAGAACAUAUAACUUAUAUGAACUUCCUUACUAAUGUGCUAAACAAACACCUGAACAGUCCAAUCAUAACCAUGCUUAUUGGAGAUGUUCAGUUAAUUUGAAUGGGCAUUAAUUCAAGUAAUUAUGCUUAGGAAUUAUAACUUAAAUUGAAGCAGAACUGUUUUCUCCUUAAGUUUGUUUUUUAAGUCAAUGGGCUGUGGCUGUAAUCCUGUAUCUUGGGGGCUGCCAACCCAGUGCCCACAAAGGCCUCCAUUGGUGCCCCCAGUCAGAGUUUGAGUUUCUUUCUUCUCUUUUCUUUUUAAGUAAGCCUCUAGCUGCCCUAGAAAUAAAGUUAUGAGGCAAAAUGUACAGGUAUCCUUCUGAGCCAUUUCUGUGAAAUGAGUCAGCCUGGCUACUUCAGCCUGUCAGUGAAGUCAGAUAUGUGAUUGAAAAGUGAGUUCUUUGAACACCAGGCAAUAGGAAUCCCCCAGGUACUAAAUAGGUGCUGUUUUCUUCUCUUGUUCGGUGCACUUUUCCUGCUUGUGUCUUGUUUUCUAGUAGUCCUUGGCACCUCCAUAGUUUGCCCUUUUUUACCCUAUGAACCAGGUGCAUCUUUCCUUUGGUAGGUUUGUCUGAGAUCAGGUACUCCCUAGAAGUUAUUUUCUGCAAAUAUUACUACACACUAAGUGCAGGUGCAUGACAAGGUGUUGCGGCAGGGGAGAGAAUUCGGUUCCUUGUCAGUGGAUCAAUAGGAACUGUUCAAGGGAGGAAUCAGAGGUGUAUUUUUAAAAAAUAAAUAAAUCUAGAAUUAAAAUUUUAAAAUUCCUGCCUGCUUUGGCCCUCCUUAAAUCUGGUGUGUCUAUAAGCCACUAUAAUAGUUGUAUUGUAAGGUAUUUCUUCUUCCCUCCUCUAGGCAGCUUUUAUUUUCCACCUCAGUGAAAUUAUUUUGCAAAGCAUUGUAUUUUCUCUGUCUCUGCCUUCUCAUCGACUUUUCACCCUUUCUGCCUUUUGAAACCAAAGCCUAGCUCAUUGACAGGCUGGAGAUAAACUUCUUAUAUGCCACUUUUCCUGCAAGGAAUGUAUAAGGGCAUUCAUGGUUCUCCUCUUCCCCAUACUUCCUUCACAACACUCCAUUGUGGAAGGUUAGGCAGAGAGACCGUCACUGAUCUAAAGUCACCCAUGAAUUUCAACCCUUGUUUGCUAGGUCAUAGUCCACUUAAUACCAUUUCAGCUUAUUCUACAACAGAAGAAGAAGAAGAAGAGUUUGGAUUUGAUAUCCCGCCUUUCACUCCCUUUAAGGAGUCUCAAAGCGGCUAACAUUCUCCUUUCCCUUCCUUCCCCACAACAAACACUCUGUGAGGUGAGUGGGGCUGAGAGACUUCAAGGAAGUGUGACUGGCCCAAGGUCACCCAGCAGCUGCAUGUGGAGGAGUGGGGAAUCGAACCCGGUUCCCCAGAUUACAAGACUACCGCUCUCAACCACUACACCACACUGGCUCUCAGGCUGUUUGUGGGAAUAUUAUACCCCCACCCUCUGUGCACAGGGGGGAAGCCUAUGAGUUCCCUUGUUAACAGUUCUGUGUGGCACCUUUAAGACUAAUCAGUUUAGGGUGCAAACUUACACAUGCUUACCAGGGUCAUGAAGUAAUGAAAUUCAUUGGGACCUACUUCUGAGUGAACUUGGGUAGGAUUGUACAGUUACUGUGGCAUCAAUCUGCUCCUGCCCAUAUAAUGUUAUGUCAAACUAAACACAAUUCAGUGUGUUUGUUAGUUGUUUGCAGUUAUUGCAAGACACUUGUUUUUCAGUCACAAUUUUAAUAUCAACCCCUAAUGGAGCUGUCUCCAAAGAUUCUUUCACCGCUUUCAGCUCUGAUGAUUGUUCCAGAACUUAAGUGUCUGCUCCAUCGUUGUCCUUCAGCCUCGUUUGAUUUCUGCUCAGCAGAGUUUUUGCAUCAAACUCUCCAGUUUAUAAUUGCGAUUUCCAGAUGUCUUCUGAAAUUUAUCUGCUGCUCUCCACAGGAUUUCCCAGCCAUACAGAACUGCUGACUUGCACUUUGGGUUGCAAUAAACAAACAAACAUUUUUACAACUGGGCAUCUCUUUUCAUUUAUUUCGGCUAUAAUAGCUUUUUUUUAGAUUGGCUACAGUUUUGUUAAGUAAUAUAGACGAGGCCAGGGUGAGCAGCUAGGAACGGGAAUGGGGGAGGGGAAGACCACUUCAAUAUACAAUUUGAAGAACCAUCAGAAGAAUUUUGUCAAAGUGAUGGAAAGGGGAUUGAGCUGUGUAACUAUAAUUAUAGAAACAAGUUCUCAGUCUUUGUUUGCUGUACAUUUCCACUGCCACGUCGAAAACGAACUGAACAAUCCAUUGGAUAUAUAGCAGAUGGUUCCCCGGCACCUGCAAAAACUGCUAUAGCAGAAUGAAAAGGCUGGGGGAGGGAUGGCAUAUGGGUGAUGAUGGGCUCAGUUGUGCGUGUCUGCGCAUACGUAUACACGUAAGGUGCGCUGGUUCACACUCACGCUAUUCAGUACAAAAGAUGGAUGUUAAAAGCAAUCACCUACAAAUAGGAUUCUUGCCUAGUUUGCAACUUGGGGAUUCUACCUUAUUCCCCUGUUGUGUUUCGAAUCACAGGGAAAGGAGUAUAUGACAGGACUAGGGGUGAGGAAACAGAUGCCAUUUCAGCUGCAGAUCUCAAAGUGGGAUGCUCCAGGAGGCCAUAGCUCCGUGGGAGAGCAUCUGCUUUGUAUGCAGACGGUCCCAGGUUCAAUCCCUGGCAUCUUCAGAUAAGGGUGGGAGAGACCUCUGCCUGAAAGCCUGGAGAGCCACUGCCAGUCAGUGUAGACAAUACUGAGCUAGGCAAGAGUCAACCUGGAUAGCUCAGUUGGUUAGAGCGUGGUGCUGAUAACAGCAAGGUUGCAAGUUUGAUCUCCGCACUGGGCAGCUGCAUAUUCCUUCUGUUGCCAGAGGUUGGACUCGAUGAUCCUUACGGUCCCUUCCAACUGUACAAUUCUAGGAUCCUAUGACUCAGUCUAAGACAGGUGCCUAUGAUCUUAUCAAGCCUUCCUGCAGGUUGCAACCGAUGAUUGACUGCGCUUAUUGCAUAUUGAGGCUAAGGGUGUGUUGGUGUAUUUAGAUAUAUAUUCAUUUUCUUUUUUAUUUAUUACCUUCCCCCCCAUCAAAUUUUUAUUUGAUUUUACAAAUGUAGAAUUAUAACAUUACCAAAUACAUACCCCUAUUUAGAGAUUUCUCCAAAUCUCUAGACUUCCCACCUUCCUCUCCACGGAUCCUAUUAUCCACCUUUUCAACUGCAUAUUAUUUCAUCAUCCAAGUUUUACAUCUCUCCAUUUCGUUCAUAGUAAUUUUUACAUUACAAGUAUUACUGCAAUCCUGCUAAUCUUUUCAUAUGCUUACAGUGGUCUCUCAAGUAAAUUGUAAAUUUUCCCCAUUCUUUAUUAAAGUUUUGGUCUUCUUGGUUCCUGAGCUUUCCGGUCAGUUUUGCCAUUUCGGCAUAGUCCAACUGCUUAGUUUGCCAUUCUUCUCUGGUAAGGACUUUGUCUUCUUUCUAUCUCUGGAUAUCUUACCUUUUUUCCAUUGUGGCACCCAAGGCUGUGCACAUGUGGUCCCCAGGCUGUCUCUUAUCUAAUCACUGACCAGGCCUCCUUAGUUUUAGCAAGCUGGUGGCCUCCUGUGCCCUCACACGAUGCCUGGGCACUCAGGCUUCAACUUUCGUACGACAUUAUAGGAUUCCCUGUGUGGUAACAGACAGCAGAAGCACUGAGCGUGUUGAAAUGUGCAAAGUCGCCCUAUGUUACCGAUAUCUCUGGGAAGUGGUUGCUUUUCCUCCCAGCUUAAGCUGCUGAUCUGUACAUAACACAAUAUAAUCUUUCCUGUUUGUGUUUUCCAAAUUUACUUUGGCAUCUUAAAACGAUUAGUUCAUUAUCUAAUCUGACACACACCCAUCUGAGCAAUAUGUUGACCUGUGCAGUGUUCAAAUAUUCCUUAUCUGGCAGCAUAGAUGGUGGGCUUUCUUAACCAACUCCUUUAUUCAGGUAAUACCAUACAAGAUUAAUUUUGCAUAUGUUAUAGCAAUUGUUCUGAUCUCAGACACGAUUUUGUGUGUGUGUGUGUGUGUGGACAACCAGUUCCCUGGCACAUACCAAGUGCUGGUUUUAAUAUGCUGCUACUUCAAUGGUGAAAACCCUUUCAUCAGUUCCAGUAUUAUGAGCUCUGCUGAAACUUUGAUGUAGGCCUUAUUGCUCCUUGGGUCUCUUCAGACAAUCUACUUCUACUUAUUCUUCAACACAGGGCUUUUUUUUCAGCUGGAGCUCACCAGACCUCAGGUGGGAGCCUGAGUGGUAAGGAAAGGCACAGCAAAGGCACUGUGUGCUAGUAACAAAAUCCCAUUGAGCUAAAUCUCAUCGUUCAUCUGGUUAGCCACUGCAAGAACAGGAUGCUGGACUAGAUGUGGCCUUUGGUCUGAUCCAGUGGGGCUCUUCUUACAUUUGUUGCAUUCUCGGUUUCUGUUGACAGGUGUCCACCUUAAAACAAGACACUCAAUUAUACAUAUAAAAUAUAUAAUUCAGAAAGGGGCAGUGCAGUAGACAAUGGGAAAGAACCUCUGCCUGGGACCCGAGGGAAGUGGUGGCAAUUCUGGGCUAGGCAGACAAAUCUAAGUCAGCUUCCUAUGAACCUAAGUCAUAGCUGUCAACGUUUCCCUUUUUUAAAGGGAAAUUCCCUUACAGUGGUACCUCGGGUUAAGUACUUAAUUCGUUCCAGAGGUCCGUUCUUAACCUGAAACUGUUCUUAACCUGAAGCACCACUUGAGCUAAUGGGGCCUCCUGCUGCUGCCGCGCUGCCGGAGCAUGAUUUCUGUUCUUAUGCUGAAGCAAAGUUCUUAACCUGAAGCACUAUUUCUGGGUUAACGGAGUCUGUAACCUGAAGCGUAUGUAACCUGAGGUACCACUGUAUUCCGAAUAGGAUUCCUCGCAAUAAAAGGGAAAAAUUGACAGCUAUGACCUAAGUGCAAGUAGCACAAGAGAACGCAUUGCUCUGAUGUUUGAGCACACACUUUGUGAAGCAUAUCUCUCCCCCAGCAGUGAAUUUUAAUCAUGCAUAACAACUGCUUUUACAUUUGUCCGUGUACAUACCCAGACACCAUUCUGAUGAAGCUGACGAAGCUGUUCUGCGGAAGGGAGGAGAGCUAAGUGCCUUAUUUUCUUCACUCCACUUGCUAAAUUAUUCCCAAUGUGUUAAACAAUGUAAUUAAACACACACGCUCACAUGAUAAAAACUCUUUGCUGUUCCCCGUCAGCGCAGGGGGUGAGAGGGAGAGGGAGGGAGAGAGAAGAACGAACGCAUGUGUCAGUCCCAGCCUUCAAGCUCUGCUAGUUUUAAUUUGAGUUGUGGAAUUAGUAAUCAGUUUUGCUGGAACACUGUUGCAGGAAAUAGAUCCUUGCAUGUGGCGGGCUUGAGCACUGUUGCAAAUGAGUAUUUGUUAAGGGGAAACCAUUCCCUUGUCAUGUUAUGCUACAUUACGUAAGAUUUAUUUCCUUUGUGCAGAGAAAUGGAAGCCAAAAAGGAACGCUCGCUCUUCGUGUCAGUGGAAGGUUAUUUCUGAAUUUCAUCUGAUUCCCUCUUUAAAAAGAAAGUCUCUCUUAAUUAAACAGCAUGUGCAGAAAUGCUCUUGGUUUAUAGGGUUUGUUAUUAAAAUGAGAAGCAAGGCCAGGAGCUAGGAAAAGGGAGAAAUUCAGUCCAGGCCACAGAAUAUGCAAACUGAAAAUGUAGCCUUUCUUCAAAAAUGCGCACAGCUCUGAACUUUGCAAACAAAAAAGAAAAGUGUACAAAAAUGUAUGUAUUCUGGGAAUGUGUGCAUAAAAAUGCACAUAUUUUGAUGAAAAGACCAGAAAAAUGCAUCUUUUUAGGAAAAAUUGCAUACAGAAAUGUGAACACCAGUAGAAAUGUACACCAAAGCACUGACAAUUCCUUUGUGAGGAGCCUUUGAAAAAUCAUUAACUGAUGCUGAAAUGCAUGACUAACACACCUUUUGAAUGGGAAAAAAGAGUAACUAGGAAGAAUGGAAAUAAGUAGCCCUCUAAAAUUGGGGCGGUUAAGCAGUAUGCACCUCUGCGGGCAGAGAGUUCCACAGCUGUGGCUAGAAAUAUCAUGAUGGGAGGAUUUAAGACUGUGAGGAAGUAUCACACGUCAAUGUGAAAAUGCAAACAUGUUUCACAGUCAGUUAUAUUUUUAUGUUUUUAAAUCCUUUUGUAAUUAUCAUUUUACAACCCAAAGGUGCAGGAGCAGGGUAUUACAUCGUUCCAUAUACAAAGCAAACAAACAAUAAGGAAUAAGAGAAAUAAAUGUUAACACCCUAAUCUAAAUCAAGGCAUCCAUAUUUCUCAAGAUGGCGUAGAUGGUGAAUAUUGGGCAUCUAAGUUUGAAGCGUAAGAAAUAAAAUCCCACCAUGUGCUCUGCAUCCCUCCGAAGACACACAAAUUAUUCAAAUAUAUUCAAAACAAAAUUGUUUAAUUUAUGGGAACCUUUUAAUCAAAUAUUUAGAGUGGUGUGCUCUGUGCUUGUCACGCAUCCCAAUGCCUUUCCCCUUAUUGGCCAGAACAUUAAAAAGGUGGAGCUGGCUAGAGCCUUAUGGAACAAUUGAAAAGGAUACCUAGAGCAAGUUUCCUCUCUCUGUCUCCACAGCUGAAAUAGCUGCAACCAUAGAAUCCAUCAAGCUUUCUUCUCUUCCUCCUUCUGGGCUUGCAUGCCAGCCUUUCCUCCAAUGGCACACUACCAUCAAGCCCUUCUCCAGUUGAGAAAUUAUUCUAGCUCAAAGGAGGAGCAGGAGGGCUCCUCUGAGCCGUAUGGCAGUCCACACUCACACUAAGUGGGAUCACACUCUCCUUUGUCUAAUACUUUUCAAUGGGAGUUAAGCUCCAUGGAAGGAACCUGGAAUAUACAAAGGCUCCACCGCUUUGUGUUUAAUCAGUCCCUUUGAUGUUGACAAUCAGAAUUACAGGAUUGCGGUGUGACUGUAGUUGGUAAGAGGUGACCAGUGUGCUUAUAAAAUGUGAGGAAGGAACUGGAAAGCCAAUGUUCUCAUAAAUCUCAGGAACACUUUUAAUAAUAGCCUCCUAUAUUGAAUUUUGGGCCUUGGCUAUCUCAUAGAUCAAAACAAUGUUCUGCGAAGUUACUGAAAUCAGCAGUGUCAAGAGGGCUUUGUUUGGAAACUUGGGAGAUUAUCAGUGGAAAUAAAGAGGAACAGAGCCAUGAGAGAUUUUAAUAUGCCUUGAGACAGCAAGAGUGAGGAGCAGCUCAGCAGCUCAGUGAGCCUUUGUUAAUUUUCUGCUCUGGGAAGGUUUAAAUUUUGGGGCACAAAUACUUGUGGAAUUCCAGACGUAUCCACAUAAGUUUCCAGAUAAUGAGAUUUCACUCACUGCCCUGUGGUUUGGGAGUUCUACCUUCUUGGGCUCCAGUCCUCAGACAUGGUGGUUAAUGAUAUUCCUCACCAUUAUUGUUUCUUCAUUUCAGGAAAGGAAUAGGAACCCAACUCCUGAGAUGUACCCAAGGAAACCUGAGCCAGAUGUGCCAAAGUCAGAGAGAGCAGGAAAUGUGACUUCCACUGUGAAAUUUAAGAACCAGGACUUUGUUCAGUUGAGAGACCACUGCCUGAAUCAUGGUGUUCUUUUUCAAGAUGAGACAUUCCCUGUAAACCGCAGUUCCAUUGGACACUUGCCCUUUCUAAAGAAGCCAUAUACACUCGAGUGGCGGAGACCAACUGUGAGUAGCUACCAAGUGUUAGCAGACCUUGCAGCUUUCGUAAAUUAGAGUGGAAUAACCAUCUAUAGUUUCUGGAGUUCAAAGGCUUUAUUCAUGCAGGAACUAUUUCCAGGAUGAGCAGAGAUGAAAAGAGAGAAAUAGCAGACAUCUUGUCUCAACAAUAAACAGCAAACAAAAUUUUGCUCAGCUUUUAGAGGUGGCAUUACCUUAGACAGAGAGCUGCAAACAAGUGCUGGCUAGCUUGCUAUACAAACAGUGCCCUCUGGUAGUUCAAAGUAAUGCAUGCCUCAAUUAUGAACUCAAGAGAAGGAAAUAUAUUUGCCUUUCACCAACACCAAGUUUUACAGCAGACUAUCGGCUCCAUGUUCCUAGUAAAGUAGUUAAACUCAAAAUUUAACUGCAAGCUCUGGUGUGAUUAGCCCUUGCCAAGCAUUUUUUUAAAAAGUGGAGUAGAAAAAGAGGAUUGUGUAUAUUGUUUCUACUUCCAGCCAUGACAAGUUCAUUUGAAAGUUAGAACAGUACCUAUGGGCAUACAACAGUAUGCACAUUAGAACGUAAGAGCCAACCGGAUCAGGCCAGUGGUCAGUCUAGUCCAUCAUCGUGUUCUCAUAAGAGCCAACCAGAUGCCUAUGGGAAGUCCAUAAGGAGGCUCUGAAAGCAACAGCGAUCUCUCCUGUGGUUUCCAGUAGCUGAUAUUCAGAAGAACACUGCUUCCAGCAGUAGAAGUAGAACAUAGCCAUAAGGGUUAAUAGUAGCCUUACCUUCCAUGAAUUUGUCUAAUCCUCUACGUUGGUGGCUAUCAUAGAGUUCUGAUCAUGCAGACAGCUCUAUAUUCGUGGACAUGAUAGACCCUGUUCCAAUUUUCAAAUGGAAAUUUGAGGUCAUAUCAUCAUACAUUGAAAGAAUGCUAAAAAGGGGCUUUCAUUAAUUCUGAAUCAGAAAGGGGCAUUUCCUCCUCCUUCUCAGGUUGCCCAGUGUUCCUCAGAGGAGAGAAUAAGAAGGAGGAGAGGGAAGAGGGAAAGAGAGGAAAACCCCUUGCCACCAUGUUUCUGCACCGGUCACAGAAAAUGAGGAGGGGGGAAGGGAAAAAUAAUAAAUACAGUGGAACCUCGGGUUACGUACCGUUCUCCUUACGAACGCUUCGAGUAACGAGUUCCUCUAACCCGGAAGUAGGUGUUCCGGGUAGCAAAACCGGGUAGCAAAACCGGGUAGCAAGCGAAAGUCAUGCGCUGGCAGUGCGGCAGCAGUGGGAGGCCCCAUUAGCAAAAGUGUGCCUCAUGUUAAGAACGGUUUUGGGUUAAGAACGGACCUCCAGAACAAAUUAAGUUUGUAAACAGAAAUACCACUGCACUGCUGAUCUAUGGUCCUUCCUCUGUAUGCAUGUAAAGGCUUUAUCCUCAGACAACAUUGUGAGGUAGGUUACUAUCAAGUUUCAUGGAUGAGUGGGGAUUUGAGCCCUACCCUCAAGAGUCCUAAUCCACUGCUCUAACCACUAUAGAACACUGCUCAGACAUGAAAUACCUUCUCCUUCCUCUCCUUCAUCCAAGUUGUUGACAUCACUGAAAUGUGUACUAGUGAGGGCAGGAUGGGGGUAGAUGUGGAUUUAUUUAUUUUUUAAAAAAGGUGUAAGAGUCAUUUCCCCUUUGUUUUAUAGUGUAUCUAUGAGUGUGGGGUAUGCUUGUUUUUUGAAGUUUAGUAACAGUCAAGGGACUAUGUCACAUUUCAAAGGUUUUGCAUGUAAAUCUAUACAAAUUAGCAAUAUAUUGAAAUUAAUUUUAAUUGCAAGCCCCAAUAAGCAAUUUAAUGAGCCCACUUUUGUGAGACUAACACUUUUGCCCUAUGGCUAUAUCUUUUCUUAGCUGCCCCCCCCCCCAAUUUUGCCAGUCAUUAAUGGUUGGUUUAGCAAACUGACAGUAAAGAAAAAUUGCACCUCAAUCCAAGAUGUCUCUGCUUGUUUUGCAUCUUCUGAGUCAUGCAGUAUCUGGUUAUUUAAGUGACAGAUAACUCCCCCCACCCCCGCUGUCACCAUUCCAGUUCCAAUAUAGCAGCUGAGGAGUGAAGCGGGCUUCAAUUUUAUCUCAGGCAUCAACAAGAGAAUUGCCAAUUACGUUCAGAGUCUGGGAUCUUUAUAGCUGGUGGUAAUGCAUAAAGCAGAGAGAACACAGCUUGAUUUGCAGAUGCCAGGCAGUGCUGACAGCUAGAAACAACUUGUUUUGACUUGUAAAGUGAGCCAAUUUGAUAACGGGAGUCCCUGAAGGGGAACCGGGUUGGAGCACAAAACUCAUCUUUGACGCCCUUCUUGAACCAGACAUCCAUGCCCUCUACCACUUGAUGCAAAUUACUGAAUGCAUUGGUGCUGAAUUUACUGAAAUCCCACUCUUUCUUUUUUAGACCGGCUUUUCUGAGGCUCUCAGAGCAGUCCUAGCCAGGUGAUGAUGAGCAGUUCCACACCUAGUUAACUUCCAUGGCACUCCUUGAGCUUCUGGUCAGUCUUCAUGGCAGGGGUGUGGAACCUGUGGUCCUCCAGAUGUUGUUGGACUACAACUCUCCUGAUCCCACCCUAACCAUUGGCCAUGCUGACUCUGGAUGAUGGGAACUGGAGUCUGACAACAUGUACAGGACUACAGGUUAGCCUCUUCUGCAGUAUGGUUUGGGAAUAUAGGGUUAGGAGAGAUAGGGGUUGCCAUCUUUCUACUGGCUCCUACUCCUGCACUGUUAAAUAACAGCUUGAUCUGCUGAUGUUAGCAGAUGAUAAUACUGAAAUUCAUGCCAUGGAAAGUUUCGCCUCUAUAUCUGUAGAUUAAAUCACAGUUAAAGGUACAGGGGCAGCUUUCAUUCUAAUCAGCCAGAAACUCUGCCUGAAGCUCAUCCAGUCCAUUUGUCUCCCAUUUGUGCCAGAAGAGCUCGCAAGCAAUCUUUUGGUAAUGCCUUUUAGUUAGGUUCUCAAAUCAAAGGAAGCAAGAGCAUAGUCUGUAGGUCUCUAUGGAUCUGGAGUCUAAGGUCUUGCACAUAAGCAUGCACCAUAUACAUUAGGGGGGGUGAACCUGUGGCUCCCCAGAUGUUGUUGGACCUAUAUCCAACAAGCCUGGGAUGAUGCAGCAAUAAACGAACGACGACACCUUCCCUGUCCCUGAUGCACCAUCCUUAACAAUGUAGCAGAGACCCCCAGAUGUCUUAAAAAAACAAAAGAACAGGAACAUGCACCAUACCAGACAAAACAAAGAGAUUUAACAAUCAUGCUCCAGUUGGUUCAGUCAAGUUUGCUGUGCUGCAUAUUGUAGGGAAAGGUUAACAAAAUCACAAGAGAUUUUCUGACAAUCAAACCUAAGGGAGAAGUUUCUUCUUUCUCUGGAUUAUGCCUUAGGAAAGGAAAACCGGCUCCAGUGCAAUGAGUCAUGCCCUUUCCUAAAGGUCUUGCGCUACAGAUGCGAAACUUGUGCAAAUGGUAACUAAUGUUGCUUCUCCUCGGCACACAUCAAUUACUGCCAAAAUCUACAUCUAAUUCAAUCAGUUGACUAGGCAGUGACACUUCUCUUAUUAAGCAGUCACAGGCAGGAAAUGUUGUUUCCAUUUCAUUAAGCUGACUGAAUACAAGCAAACAAAUGGACUUUUUUCCCCAGUAAUACUGAGCGAGGGAGGACUUUAGGGUUCAAAUCUACAGCGACCUCCAUAAAAACACAUCCAGUUUACUUGCCAACACUGACAAGAGGAAAAGCAGCUUCCUGUGGUGUUGAGAAAUAGCAACUUGGGGUGCCAAAGAGCUGUGAAUCACGCAGAGUAGUUAUUAUUAGCCCAGUCUUCAGAUUCCUUGCACAAUGUUCUCAAGUGUAAGCACUGAGAUCCCGGGGUAUGGCCUGAAGGCAUAGGAGGCCACCACCUUGCUUAAAAGUUAUGUCCAAGGCUUGGAUGGGGUGAUCCCCUGGGAGGUUUGUCACCUUGGAGGGAAGAAAGGCAGCAUAGAAAUGUAAUAACAGUAAAAGAAGCUGGAAUGGGCGCAGAGGAGGGUAACCAAGAUGAUCAAGGUUCUGGAAACCAAGGCUGUCACAUGGAAGAUGGAGCACAGAUGUUUUCUGCUGCUCUGGAAGGUAGGACCCAAACCAAUGGAUUCAAGUUACAAGAAAGCAGAUUCCAACUAACCAUUAGGAAGAACCUCUUCUGAUAGUAAGAGGUGUUCAGCAGUGGAAAGAACCUCAGAUGGUGGUUGGCAGGUCCUUCAUUGGAGGUUUUUAAGCAAAAGUUGGACAGCCAUCUGUCAGGGAUUCUUCAGCUGUGAGUCUUGCAUUGCAGAGCAUUGGAUGAGAUGACUCUUUUGUUCCCUUCCAACUCUACAAUUAUAUUAUUAUUAUUAUUUAAUCUAAAGAACAGAAUAGAUUUUGCCCAAAUGGAGUUUUCUGCCCUGUGCUAUUUAUGACACUAGUGCAUAAAUAGAAGAGGUUAGGCUGGUGCAUAUGGCUGUUCUACCUGUGGCAAUUAUUCCCCUUCUAGGAAGGACCAUAGCACAGUGGUAAGGCAUUAAAAUAUUUUUUCCUGAGGGUGAGGGGAUGAAGAUGAGGUUUGUUUGCUUUUUAAAAAAAGCAGAUUGACAUUUGCCAUGGCUGCUGUACAUAAAGAAUUUCCUGCCUUAGAGAACAGGGCUGGAUAACCCCAGAAGUCUCUUUCAGUUCUAAUAAACUGAGUUGUUAAGAGGCAUGCAAAGCACUCCAUUUUCUGAUAUAGUGAAAUGACCUUAAAACAGAACUUGGGCUUUUCUGAUUCUCAGUUGCAUCCUCCUCUUCCUAAAUUGGACUGUACAUGUCGUUGGAGAAAAGAUUAUGGCCAAAAGCAAGCCAGUCACAAAACACCUGGGCUACAGAAUUUCCCUGGAAUAUGCAGGUCACUGACAUCUCUGUAGGGUGUUUGGUCUCAAAUCAGUCUUUGCAGACAAUCAGACCAUGCAUGCAUCUAAAUGUCUUCGAAGCUUUAAAGCCAUAUUUCAACAUCAGCUUGUGUAUACAGUAUGAAAAUGAAAAGAGUGACAAGUUAUCAGUCAAACCUGUGAAGGAGACAGCAAAAUCAAUGUGUGCAAGAAAAAUGCAUUAAGGAGUUGGUUCCCAAAUUUCCUGAUGUGUUUUGAACCUUCCUCAGAGAAAAUGACACAUCUAAAUUAAAAGGAAAAAGAACAAGAUUCUGAUUACAUUCAAUCUCCUACAGGUUACAUCAGAGGAAGAGAACUUUGUAAAAAAAACACAAUACAUUUCUCUCUUGGGUUUACUGGCCACAAAGGAACUGUUGCUCUCCAGAGUUUCAUUCAAAGUGGGUUGGGAAAUUUGGAAGCUGGAUUUUAAUAAAAUUUACUUGCCGCUCAUUGGUCUUGACUUCUUGUUAUUCUGUGCAGCCCUCUUUCUGGCUGCAAUUUGCUAUAUCUAGCAACAGUAGUAAUUACUUUGUUUUCUAAGCUUGGGAUCACUCCCCAUGUUAUGGUUCAUGGCAAAAAAUAGAGGCACAAAACCACAGGUGGACUUGCAUUUUCACUUUCUCAUGUGAAUUCUAAUAUGCAAUAGCAGAAUGUGAACUUAGGGAUGGGGGAGGAUGAGACUUUGUCUGCAUUUUAGUGAUGAAACAACCUGACUUGCACUUCUCAGGCCAGUGCAAAAUUAUCCUUUGAAAUCCACACUUUUCUGCAUUUUAUUACACAAUUAUUCAACUGAGUGUAGAAAAAUCUGUAAGAAAGUGUGCAUAAAAUGUGUAUAACCAGCUCUAUCUUUCUAGAAAAGGAGGUGCUGGAACUCACCAUGAACACCUCCCUCAUUCUCUUAAAAUGGCAAUGGAGCCCACCUGAGGGGUGAAGGAACUGACUUCCAGCGAGUUCUGGAUGGGAAAAAGCAGUGCAUAACAUACAAAAAAGCAUCAUUAGGGAAAGUCAUUAGUAAAAACAUGUAUAUUCAUCAAAACUGAAUCCAAAGUGCAUAUCGGAAAAAUCUCCAGUAAAACGCUAUCAAAUUUUCUUUAAUAUAAUAAUCAAGAAAAUUUGAUGCCAUUAUUUUUAAAAAUGCAAAAUUCUGCAGAAAUGUGGAGAACUGAAUUUAAGACUGGAAAAAUGAGAAACCAAGAGAAACUGAAAUGGACAGAUUCAUUCAUCUCUGUGCUCACUUUCCACAGGAGCAAUGGGUGAGCUCUUCCUCAAUAUGCGAUGGUAUAUUUUUAUAGAAGGGAAGUGCACAUGCUCCCCUUGAGCACAUUAUGGUGAAAAGUGGAAGCAUUUGUCCACAUGUAUAUUGGCUUUGAUCCUAAGUUAGCCACCCGGGAACAGAUAUUUGCAAACAGAGUGAAAAUGUUUAGUAUUUUUCAUUUGAGCAAAUCAAGUUCAGGCCAUGCAUAGGAGCUGCCACAUUCCUACUGAAGGCUGCAGAUCUAAAUGCACCUACUCGAAACUAAGGCUGCAAUUCUAAUUCCAUUUACAUGGGAGCCAGUUCAAUUGCAUUCAGCUGAAGUUAUAGGGGAGCAGACAUACAGAAAAACAUGAGUACAAGGAAGGAGGUGUCAAGUAAAGUUCAUCCAACAGUAUAAAGAAAUGAACGUAAUUAGCAGCUGUUCAUCAGCAUUCUAUUAAGUAACAGAAAUGUGUGUUAUUCUCUUUUAAAGGAGAUCCUCUCAUACCAGAGCCCUCUUUUGAUUGUGGAUUCUGUGAGCAGAUUUGAUAUUCUUCAAGGGCCUAUAGGUAAGAUCCAAAUUCUAUGCUGGCACUUGGGAGUUUGCAGGCCUGCAAACCAAGAGUGCACCUGUUACUAUAGCCUAACAACAUCUACUUAUUUUAUUGCAAUGCUAUAGAAAGCAUUGUUUUCUGCAUUAAUUGUUUAAGGGGCUAUUUGAGUCUUGAGAUAGCCUGUUUCUACCUUAUCUGUGGGCAAAACCAUUUCUCUUAUUUUUUUCAUGGAAAUGAGACAUUCUCCAACAGUUCAUUGCGGGGUGCCAAAGCAUAAGCCCCCCCUCACCUGUUUUCAUUUGUUUGUUUGUUUGUUGUCUCUGAGGCUGUUUUGUUUGUUUUGCAUCCUGCGCAUGAUGCAGACCUUAUAUAGCUGUGGGGCAUUGUGGGAGAAAAAUGGCAGCCAACACCACCACCAAAACAAUGGUAGAGACUUCGGAGAAAAUACUGUAAAGUGACCUUUUUCCAGGGACAGGGAUGAGAAAAAGAAAAAUAUCUGAAAUGGUCUCAGAGAAAUAAAAAGCCUGCUGAGAAAUUUCAGCUCAGCUCUAAUUAUAACAGGCUUGUGAAGAGCAGAGGUUGAGAGGAGAGAAGUAAGUUGGGAUGAGGGAACAGAUAAAGUUAAUGCAGUUGCCUUAAGAGAAAACAGGUGAGCCAGCGCCCUGCAAAGUGAUGCUGACUGAGUCAGUGCAGAGACCGAAAGUAAGGGGUCAUUUGGUCACUGUGAUGGAAGAGAAAAUUAUUGCAACAGAUGCAGGAGAGAAACUAGUGAGCAGAAAAUGGAGAAAGUCUACAUGAGAGAUGACCUGGAUAUGCAAAAGGUUUUUCGCAGCCGAUUCCGAAAAGAAAAGGUAAAUUUUGUACAGGCUGCAAAUGAAGGAGUGAGUGGAAUGAUUUAACAGCAGCCUGGAUGUGGGAAGAAAAUGAAAAAGAGUAGCCAAAGAUGGCCCCACAGUUGUGCUCGGUGAAGGUAGGGGAGAUAAUAGGAUUUUUCAACAGUGACAGAAAAGUGUGGCAGAGAGGGAAGGUCUGGAUAAGAAGACAGAGAGUUCAGUUUGACACAUUGCUGAGAUGCUCAGGCGGAAAUGUCAGCGAGGGAGCUAGUGAUUAAAAAAGAUUGUCCAGAAGGGAAUGAAAAAUAAACCUGUGAAUCAUCAGGUGGUGAUCUGCAGCCUGUCUGUGCUGGUUCCCUUACUUUACAUGUAUGGGAGAGUGAUGUCUGGCCCUUUUGUGCAUAGGAAGAGAUGGGGAUGUGCUUCUUUUCCCUUCACUAUAUGUUUAAUCAGUUUUAAAUCCUAUUUAAACAUGCAGGCUGCAGGCUGCAAACCUGGGUUGUUUGAAAUCAAGCCACGCAGGGAAAAACACAGGCAGGGGCUUAGGAAGGGGAGUGUGGGAUGUGUGGUCUGCCCCGGGUAUCAUCCUUGAGGGGGUAACCAAAUGGCACACCGCAGGGGGAGGGGCGGCACUUACUGCGGGGCCUGGCCUGCAGCGCGUCCGAGCCACACAUUUCUCCUGGGAGUGAUGUGGUGGCUCAAGGCCCUGCGCUGCCCGAAAUGGCAGUGUGGGGAUUGCGUCCGCCAGGCGGACUGCACAGGCAGCUGGGUGUGGCACCCCCCUGGGCGGAUCGCCACGCUGGCCCCAUGCACGGAUCGCCCCACCCCCGUGGGCAGCUUGCCCCACUCCCACCACUCCCAGUGCCGGGCCAGUUAGCUAUGCCCCUGGACACAGGAGUUUUUAGGCACUGCCAAUUGGUUGAUCAAACCCUUCUUUUUGGCAAGGAACCGUGUCCUUACCUGCCCCAUGGUGGACUUCAUCUAUGACAACAGGCAUAGGGCAGGAGGACACGGCUUGGGGAAAACAGCCUCAUGGGCUAAAUUAGGAUACCUUCUGGGCCUAAUUAGACCUGAACAGAACUCCUGUGAAUAACAUUUGAGGGAAAUGUUUCUCCUUUAACAAAUAUAGACAACCAUUGCAAGUUGUACAAUUUAUGUUCUGAACCAAGUAAUUAUGAACUUUGGAAAAAUCAAUGCCUGCUAGGAGAGGGUGUAGUAGAUUGAUUGUGGAAUUAAUUACAACCUCCGUCUUAUCUUUUCCAAGGUGAUUGUUGGGUUCUAGCAGCUCUUGGUUCUUUGACCUUACAACCACGGUUCCUGGAAAACGUGAUUCCAAGAGACCAAGGAUUCCGACACAAUUAUGCAGGGAUUUUUCAUUUUCGGGUAUGUAAAAGAGUAUGUUGGCGUUGUGUCAUUUUGUUUUCAGAUGAAACUCCAGAACCUAUAGCUGCUUGCGGUUAAAAGUAGUGUUUUAUUUCAUGCUUGCCACAGUCAGUAAUCAAAAUGUAGGUUUAAGAGCAAAAACAUAGCAUAUAGAGAGAAUACAGAACAUCUUAAUUAAAUUAUGUAAAAGUUAAAUAUACAUAAAAUAAUUAAUUAAAAGGUCCCUCCAGGGAAAUGAAAAUUCUAACAAUUUUAAGUCAUUUGGCCCUCUUUACAGUCAACACAACUAUGGACUAGAUCUAGCUACUGUAAGUAAUAGUGUCGCUCUGGAUAGGGCAGAGCUAUGGAUGUUUGAUUCAUCUGGAUAACCUACCCUAACUAUUGUAUACAUUUUGCCUUAAUAUAUGGCUUUGCCAUACUGUAUACUGAUUUUUUUUUUUACCACUCCCACUCUCCAUCAACUAAUGAGGAAAAAGUUGCAGUAGAAAAUUAUCAGAGAAAGAGCAACAACAAUGAAGUUCUGAUAGGCUUGCUGCAGAAUUUUAACUGAGCCUUCCCCACUUUCAAGAUGGCUGAGCAUUUUAGUGAAUGCCCUUUUCUUUCAUUCAGCAAGACCUCUCCAAUGGUCAGCAUUCAACAGCCUUCCCAGAUGAACUGCAUGUAAUCUUUUGGUGGGCUUUCCAGUAAGAACAGGAAAACAGGGAGUCUGCCUGCCUUGUGCCUCACAGCUAUUUGUUUUUCCUGCAUUUCUUUAAUGUGAAAUCUUGUUACUUUUAUUACAAUCAGUGUGGAAAGGUGUUUUUUUAGGUGCAAAAGGAGUUCCUUCAAAAACAAAAUCAGUGAGUGCGGCAAUCUCAGGCAGUUGGUAUCUAGCACCCUGUGCUAGGUAGAGCAAGACAUCAUGAUGUUAUGGUGGUCUUUUCAGAUCAGGAAGACCAAACAGCCAGGGAGGCUGCAGAGCAGUUGAGAAAUGUUUGAUGCAGGUGUGAGAACCUUUAGCCCUCCAGAUGUUGCUGAACUACAGCUCCCAUCAGCCACAGUCAGCAUGACCAAUAGCCAGGGAUGAUGUGAAUUGUAAUUCAGCAUCCUUUGGAGGGCCAAAGUUCCUCACACCUGGUUUAAUGUAAAUUAAAAGGCACACACAUGCACCAUCUUUGACUACCUCACAAUGAUAAGGUGCAUUCCAUCUUGAACUCACCAAAAUAAUUAUUAAAUUCUAAAACACCCUGUGAAUGAGGCAGAACCACAACAACUUUUUUAUUUGUACCCUGCCCAUCUGACUGGGUUGCCCCAGCCACUCUGGGCAGCUUCCAACAUAUAGUAAGUAGCCUCUCUUGGGAAGAAAUAAAAACUUUUGAGAAACCAGAGGUUUCAGCACAACACAACUUUGAAUUACUCUCUCCAAUAAAGGUUUAAAAUAGACUCUGGAAUUACUUCAUGAAAAGCUUGUACGCAUUAUUUAAGAGCAUUCCAGUCUUCUUAUUAAGAAGCAGAAUUUAUUAUGGUAUUUGAAAAUAUUUCCCACUAUCCUCUUAUCAGGAACUCAGUACACCUGCAUCUACUUUUCUUCUGACAAGAAGAUCAAGCUAAACCAAACAAAGACCAACCCAAACAUUCCUACCCCUGAAUCAAACAUCUUUGUCCAUAAUGUUCUUAUAUUAUCUCUUCAAAGUUGCUGCUAGCGCAGCACAGCUUGAUAAUUAGUUUUUAUGCAACUUGGUAAAGAAUGCACCAUUUCCUCCCACAAAGAGAUAAAAAAGCCUAUUUUCUAUUUCAGUCAUAGUGCCUGCCAUUUCUAUAUUACUUCAAAGGACUUUGAGAAAUUGGAAAGCACUGAUUUAACAUCCCCAUCCACAGAGAUUAGUCAUAAAGCACCUGAUGUAUUUUCAUGCGUAUGUUCGGCGGGUGGCGGUGAGGUGCAGACGGGGUCGCAUUGCUCACCUGGGUUCCCAACCCUAAGUGUAGAUGCAAGUUACUGAGAGGGAAAGAGGUAAGAUGCAGGGAACUCAACGUGGGGGAGACAUGGCAGCAAAAUCAAUGAAACGCCCCUGCUGUGCUAGCCCUUCUCACCUGGGGAUGGGCGGGGGAACAGAUCUGGCUCACCAGACCAAAGAAUUCCCCCAGCCCUGCCUUAGGGGCAAAGCCAUUGCUUAGCUUGGUUUCAUUGUUCUUGCUUGCAGUUCAUUAUGCCCGGCCAGGAGCUGAAAGAAGCCUAGCCUAUCAAAUUCUCAACCCCUCUUCCUCUGGGGUUUUGUGGAAUUGUAGCAAUUUUAUUGGUUCACCCUUUUUUCUAGAUCACAUGGCGUGCUUUUGAAAAAACAACAAAGAAUGGUACUGACAAGUUUUGCAAUUAACAAAUUAAACAAAAUUGUGUAGCUCAAGGGAUCCUAACAGCUCCACAGCAUGGUUUUCCUUUCCUUUGUGCGAAACAGGAGAGCUUGAAUUAAUCACCAAAUAAAAGGGGGAUUUCUGUUUUAUUGUGAACUUUACUCUUGAUCCUUGGAAAUCUUCCAAUAUCCAGAUAAAAUGGCUGCAAUCUCUUGAAAGACGCCUUCUUGUUUGCACUUUAGCCCCACUGCUUUCUGCGGUGUUUGAACAAAGGUGCAUUGCCGUUUCAACCUUAAACCUUCAUAGUCAAUAGGCCAGCCGCCUCGUGCUACUAGCUGUUUGGCAUGAGCUUUUGACUGAUGAAAAAAGCCCUCCAGCAUCAAAGAGCUUGGAAAGAUGGUACUCCGAGUGUCUCCAUGCAUUUGUUCUCUGCCAAUCAGCAACAAUGAUUAAAGGUAGAACAAAUUGGAUUGUUUUUCCUGGCUUGAAGCUGUGCUUUCACUUUGAUGGUUCAGAUAAAUGCAAGUUGCAUCCAAAACCUUUCUCGCUCUUGUUAUGCAAAAUUUAAACUUGGCUACCUUGAUCACCGUUUCAAGCUAAAAAAUAAUUUGGGAGGUAUAGAAGGUUGGAGAGACAUCAAAUGCUGCCUUUUGUUUCAAACUUCAGCCACCCUUUUUUGGUAGAUGUUUCUUGAGCAUAUUAAAUCAAAAGAGCAUACAGGCAAGAAUAGAAUUCUUACUAUUCAAUAGGAUUUCCCACUCUGCAUUUAAAUCAGAUACCCUAGGUUGGUGGUGGCAGUAUGUCAGGCUUGGGCAGUGGGCAUCCCUUAGAUCAGGGGCCCUUGGCCAGUGGCACCAGCCAUAACUAUAUUCUUGCAAGCCACCCCAAUCACCAAUGGUGUGAGAUUCCAGGAGUUCCAGGCAUGUGCCCAGAAUCUGGCUUGCUUUGAAUGAGGAACACAACCAGGACUGUGGUGCCUUUAUGAAAUAUGGUUUAUUUACACGUAUAUGCAACCUCAGCCUAAGAUGGAGGGGCUCACAGCAUAAAUGCCCCCCAAAAUUCUUGCUUCUCCCAUAGUCACAGCCUUGAAUUCAAUCCGAAAUCAAGCAUAGCUCUCUCUCAGUUCCUGCCUGCAGCCUCUAGCCUAGCUCUCUCUCACACACACUGGCUAUUGUAUUUCUCACUACCCACCCAGUGAGGGAGAGAGCCUGCCCAUUUGACCUCUGGCAUGGAGCAACUUCUUUGUUAUACUAAAGACCAUACUUAAAGGAAAAGGUAAAGGGACUCCUGACCAUUAGGUCCAGUCGUGACCGACUCUGGGGUUGCGGCGCCCAUCUCACUUUAUUGGCCGAGGGAGCCAGCAUACAGCUUCCGGGUCAUGUGGCCAGCAUGACUAAGCCGCAUCUGGCAAACCAGAGCAGUGCACAGAAACACUGUUUACCUUCCCGCCGGAGCGGUACCUAUUUAUCUACUGCCACUUUGACGUGCUUUCAAACUGCUAGGUUGGCAGGAGCAGGGACCGAGAAACGGGAGCUCACCCCGUUGUGGGGAUUCGAACCGCCGACCUUCUGAUCGGCAUGUCCUAGGCUCUGUGGUUUAACCCACAGCGCCACCCACAUCCCUUAAAGACCAUACUUAGGUGGCAACUAUUGCCCUUAACUCACCAAGAAGCUUGCCUGGCUGGUUCAACAAUAGAAUCUCCAUUAGAUUGUAACCCUUGCUGGCUCCAGGACCCCAGGAAUUCAAAGGGAGCUUCCUUCUGCUGAGUCCAAUCUUUGAACUAUCUAGCUUGAUGUUUUUCACAUUGUCUAGAAGCUCUCCAUGGUUUCAGAUGGGUCUUAUCCAGAUCUCUGGGACGCAGGUGGCGCUGUGGUCUAAACCACUGAGCUUCUUGGGCUUGCCGAUUGGAAGGUCAGCGGUUCAAAUUCCCGUGGUGGAGUGAGCUCCUGUUGCUCUGUUCCAGCUCCUGCCAACCUAGCAGUUUGAAAGCACACCAGUGCAAGCAGAUAAACAGCAUUUCUAUGUGCUCUGGCUUCCGUCGUGCUGUUCCAUUGUGCCAGAGGUGGUUUAGUCAUGCUGGCCACAUCACUCGGAAAGCUGUCUGCAGACAAACACCUGCUCCCUCGACCUGAAAGUGAGAUGAGUGUCGCAACCCUAUAGUUUCCUUUGACUGGACCUAACCAUCCAGGGGUCCUUUACCUAUCCAGAUCUACCUGGAGAAACUGGACACUGAACCCGGGACCGUUUGUCUUCAUGUACUACCUACACGUACUACCACUGAGCUAUGGCCACUUUCUCCAAAAUUACAUUUUAACAGGGAGCAGAGGAAAGGGAAAAGAAGAUAAUGCUACAAAACACUGUGUAUAAGGAGUGGAAAUUAUUACUCAGCAUCAACAUGAAUCACAGAUGUGGAUUCAAAACCAAAGCAACUCCAAUGAUCUACCCUGGGAAGCUUACAAUCCCGUUUUUGUUUGUACUUCGGAAACAGCCUGGUACUAGAGCCAUGAUUUUAGGAUGGCUGGGAUAUUGUGGCAAAUAUUCACAAAACUGCAUUUUAUUCAGAUGAUCUCUGCUUAGGAACAUGCUGUUAAGCAAAGAAGGAAUGAAGCAUCUGACAGGAUUGCCCCAGUAUUCCUCAUUUCCCUUUCAUGUUGAAACAUGGCCAUGUUCUGUUCACCCUUGUUCCUUUCCUAGGCCCCAGCCUUGGAAGUUAUAGCCACAACUGUGACAAAUUUAUCCCAGACACAUCAAUUUAUAUCUUGAUGCUGCAACUAUGGAGAUUUUGUCCCAUGCUGUUAGCAAAGGCAUGACACACUACAUUAACCUGCUAAUGAUUGCAAAAAUGGAUCUUUUGGUUUGUCCCCAGCGAACUCUAUCUUUGCUUUCUUUCUUGAAACACUUCAGCAAAUUCAUUCACAUGAAUUUGCUAGAAGAGCACCUGUACCAUCCAGCUGCUUAAGUGGCCAGCAGACUCCUUUCCAGCCGUUCAACAGACAGAGGAUAGCUUACUAUGGCAAUCUUAUUUUACAGUAGAUAUCAAUAUUUGAUGGGCUUUUGUUCUCUUUUUUCUUAUUAAAAAAACUGAACAGGAAUAUUGUUUACCCCCCCCCCCCCAAUAAUUUCAGAAAAGCAAAGGAAAUCGGAAAGCAAAUUAUAUGUAAUCAGUAGUUAAUUGCAAUGGAAGAUCAACAGAGAACUGGGUGACAAUUGACCUUAUUGUGUGAAAAUAAUUUGUUUCCAGCCUUCUCUGAGAACUUGUGUAUUAUUGCAACAUUACAGCUAAGUAAAUCAUACCUGUGGGUUCAGAUGCACAACAUCCCUAUGAUGUCAGGGACUGUUCUGAGGAGGAGUGCACUGAAGAAGAAUGGUAGGAGCCACUCCCUCCCCCUGACCUUGAAUCUUCCCAGGAGGAGGAGGAGGACAGUAUAGAUUUAGAACAGUGGUUUGCAGAGGGGCAUAGUUCAGAAGGCAGAAGCUAGGAAAUACUGGGUGGGGAACAGCUAGCAGAAGAAACACUGGAAGAGAGAGAUUGAAACAGAUUCACAGUCUCUGGGCAGCAUUCCCCUCCACUUUCUUUUGUUUCUCGCUGUGUUUAUUAAAGAAACUAACUGGUAAGACUUUCAUUUGAUCUGCUUAUUUACUGACACGACACGGGGGAGGAAGCCAAUUUCCCGAAGCCUGACAUACGAGGUGGCUUAGACUAAGAGAGGCUGCUUCCCCUUUCUCCCGCAGCCUGUAGGAAUUACUCCUGUUAUGAGACAGUUGAGGGAAGGUGGAACCUGAUGGAAGAGGUCUUGCAGCAGAGCAGAUGGGGCAACCUUACUCCUUUCUGUCUCUAAGGAAGCAUGGUUUUGCAAAACCAGUAAAAAAGGGGAUACUUCCAUUUUGUUUUCUUUCUAUUAGUGUUUUAUUCUUCCAAACAGAUGUCAUAAUUCUGAAUCUAUUUGAGUAAAGAAAUCUGGCAAUUUCAAAUACCUUGCCUCCUGCCACCUAGUUGGCAGAGGGACAGUCCCCUUAAGCUCAUUUUUUCUUUUAAUUUUCAUUGCUUCUUACAAAUCAAUGAAAUGCUCCACAAAAAUAGUAAUUUAAAUUGCAAUUAGAAGAGCUUAUUGACAGGUGGGGAAAAAACCCAGUUUAAAGAAUGAAAAUGGUAUGGCACUUUCAAAGCUUCACAAGCUCAAACAAGCAUUCCAGUAUUGAAAAUAACAUCACAAUUUGUCAACUGCUUCUCUGUCCAUAGGAGGCUGAGAAACAGACUUUCUGAGCUGGUUGUGGUUCGUAUGGAGGCUGAACUGGAUCCAAAGAAGCAGCUAUAACACACCAUUUGAGGCAAAUGGCACAUGGGGCAUAAAGGACCCUAUGGAGGAAGGUUGCAAUUCAGUGGCAGAACGGAUGCUUUGCAUAGGAAAUGUCCCAUGUUCAAGUCCUGCAAUCUUCAGGUAGGGCUGAGAAAGAGCCCUGUCUGAAGAAGAGUGUGACUGUGAAGAGUCAUUGCCAAGAGAUGGAGAACCUGUGACUCUCCAGAUGUUGGCCAUGCUGAUUGUGUUUGAUGGGUGCUAGAGUUCAAUAACAUCUCGAGCACCAAAUGUUUCCCAUCCAUAGACCAGGAGCAGCCAACAAUGUGGCCUCCAAAUAUGGAUUACAACUCCCGAGCCACCAUAGCCAAUGGUAGGUGAAGUGUAGGUGGGUUCCCACAAGGCAAGACACAGUGAUGACAGCAAGAACCUUUACUGAACUAAGAGAACUGGACAGCAGGGUCAAAACAACUGCUUAUAUACAUUUCUGAAGGCCUGGGCCACUUCCACUCCCAAUGCGAUUGGCUGUCUAAACUUCCAAGCUGCGAAUCAUGACUCAGAGUUUAAGGGCCAAUGGCAGAGGCCGAAAUCCUGAAAUGUUCUGUGAUUGGAUAUCAUGUAUCGAAUCAGAACACAGUGGCUCAGAAUCCUUAGUCCAGACUCAAGCUCAGGCAAACACAGACCACUCAAUACAUAACACCAGGGGUGAUGGAGGUGCUAGUCCACAGGAUCAGGAGAAUACCAGGUUGACUACCUCUGAGGUAGACAAUAUUGAGUGGGAAGGACCAAUUGUCUAGUAGAACACAGUUUACUGUGUACUCAUUGGAUUGGCAUUUAGAGUUUUCAGUCAGAAAGCUUUCCUGUGCUGGGAAAGUGCUAGCUGUGGACAACCCACGCAUGCUAUAAGGGUAGCUUAACUGUACGGCACUUUCUCUUUUCUAGGAUAAUAAAAUUAAAUAAAAAACUUGUUUCUUAUACCCUGCGCACCUGACGGGCUGCCCCAGCCACUCUGGGAGGCUUCCAACAAAAAUACAAAUCAAACAAACAAAAUCAAACAUUAAACAUAUGGGGAACCAUUGGCCCUCCAGAUGUUGCUGAACUACAACUCCCAUCAGCCUCAGCAAGCAUAGUGAAUGGCCAGGGAUGAUGAGAGUUGUAGUCCAGCAACAUCUGGGGGACCAAAGGUUCCCCACACCUGGCCUAGAAGGAAUUCAUCUUCUUCAUAAAAGAAGCUUAUCCUUCUUCUAUUUUUGUUUUUGUUUUGUUCCCCAAGUUCUGGUACCUUGGAGACUGGCUGGAUGUGGUGAUAGAUGACCGGCUGCCUUUUCUCAAUGGAGAAUACUUAUCCGUUCAUCCCCGGAGCAGAAAUGAAUUCUGGCCGCCACUGCUUGAAAAAGCCUAUGCCAAGUAAAUACUCAUAGAACCUUUCUCUCUUUCAUGCUCUGUUUAAUGAUUGUGACCUCCCAGCGAUGGAUGCUUUAGGUAAAAGGAACCUGUGCCAAGCUGCCAUGCUUGAGGAGGAUCACAGACAACUAUUCUGUGGUUCGUAUAAGUAACAAACACUCGCAAAGUAUAUCUGCAGUGGCAGAAGCUGUAGUCAAAUGUUAGCUCCACAUGUUGUUGGUGUAGUUUAGUGGUUUACAUGUAUAUUGAGUUCAAUGGGGUUUAAUCUCAGGUUAUGUGAGCGUAGGACUAUAGCCUUAGUUACUGGAAUGGGGAUGGAAAACCUUGCUUCUGGUUAGAUAACCACCUAAUCCCUAUCUUGAAAUCUAUGCCUGUAUUCCUUCUCCAUCUUCUAUCUUUGCCAACUCUGGUGCUCUCCAGAGGUUUUGGAUUACAACUCCAAUUAGCCCAUCCCUGCAAAACAACAAAGCAGGGAGUGUGGCAGCAGCACAAAAGGUCAGGUAAUGAGCUGGUCUUAAAGUGCUGAUUUUGAGAGACCGAAGCAUUCUUUAGAAAGAGUUGACUCAGGUACCACUUUGCUGAGCAGCGUUUUCAUUCCAGAUCGCUAUUUCAUUAAGAUGGCAAGAGAUGCUGUUUAUGAGAUUUUCAGCAACAAGGUUUUCCCCUGUGUAUACUGUAAAUUCCUUUCUUGUCAGUUUAGGUUGAGAACAUUAUUUUAAAAUACAAUUAGCCAUGGAUUUCAUUUUCUGAGUCUCUGUGUUACUCAGAUAGUGUGCUUACUGUGAGUUUUAAUGCCAUGUACUCCUGUUAUCUACAGUCACUUCCGAUUUGUCUUUUUCCUUUCCUUUCCUUUUUCUUUCUUUUGUUCUUUUGUUCUUUUUUUGCGUUCGCAAUCAAAAGCCCAAGAUAAGGCAACAAGGCUUGAAAGAUGCCUUCUGGUAGCCAGUCUUGUUACUAUCUGAUGAACGCUCAAUGACCUGAACAACAACAACAGCGAAAAGGAAUCUGAGAUUAGUGCUCAUGUUGUACAUAUAUCUGCCGUGCUUAAUUCCAAACGUUGCUUGUAUGCUUUCUCAUCUCUAUCAGAUCUCUUUGCAAGAGUGGCAAAUUGUUUUCGAAGUUAGAAGAUUGCAAAUAUGCCACCAGGGUGGUUGCUUCAGAAUGUGGCAUGCAAUGGGGAGUUUGUGUGCAAAAUUUCAGCACUGUACAAAGCCUGCCUAGGGAUGACUUCAAGAUUAAACUGCAGAACAAAACACGAAAGUAUCCCCAAACACAGUGUAUCUUAGGACCAUUUUUAUGAUGCUUUCUUUAACUUUCUUCAUGCUUCAUGAAAUAGUGUUAUAUAACCAUAGGAUCAGGUACCCAUUUUUCAGAAUCGUUAUUUUAUAACAGUUAGAAAUAAAGAGAUCAGUUUUUUAUAGUUAUCACAGAUUAUCUGUGUCACUUUUCUAUGUGUCCAUUCAUAAAUCCGCCCCACCCCAGUUUCUACAUUUAUCUGCUUUUUAAAAAUUCUCAUUUAAAUGCACGUUUUAACAUACUUUCUCAUAAAAUAUACAUCUGUAAAUGUAUAUUCUCUUAUGCAUAUUUUAGCUCAAAAUAUGCAUUUUGAUGCUAAAGCAUAGCAAAAAUCAAUUAAGUGUGAGAUCUGAAGACUAUCUAUGUUCUGAUUUGUACAUUUGUCUGGGCGGUAUAGAUCAGGCCAACUAGUAUCCUAAUUCACAAAGAAAGGAUAAUUUUGUUUAGUUUGCAUUUUUAAUAAGAGAACCAACCAAAUUCGCAAAUCUAGACAAAAUCACAGAUUAGAAUAUAAUUUCCCUUUGAAUUCCACUCAGUCUUGCAGUUCUUGACUCAAAAAAGAAACAGUACAAUUUCUAAUGGAUUUCAUCUUAAACUGUUUCAAUACCAUUUAAAUAUGGAUUUUCAUGCAUGUUUAAAUGCUGUAAUCACAAAGUAAUAUGGAAUGAGAAUGGAAGGGAUUUAUAAAUGAACAAAUAGGAAAUUGACAGGGACCAGUAAUGGACUGGUGUGUCAGUUCCUAUCCUGAUUUACACAUAGUCCAAUGCAGGAAUAGGGAACCUCACGCCUGGAGGCCAAAUGCAGCCCUCCAGGUCUCUCUCCGUUUGGCCCUCAGGACUUUCCCCAGGCCACACCCCUCAUUGGUUUACUGCACUUCAGGGGGUUGGACUAGAUGACCCUUGGUUCCCCUUCCAACUCUACAAUUCUAUGGUCUUGCUUUGCACCUUGAGUGUUUUUGCCAGGCUGAAAUCAAGACUAGAACUCUGAUAAUGUAAAAACAAAUGUCAGAUUCAAGCACUGGUUCUAAAUUCGAGAUUUCCAUGGGAGCCAGCUCAUAGGGCCAAUAUUGCCUCUGUACAGAAUAGUUUGAGCCAUUCUUAAUUGCUCACAUACCCAUGAUCCCAUUGAGAAUGUAAUAUAUGUCCUGGUGUGGCCACAGAUUUACAGUCUGUCAUGGAAUUCUACUCAAUAUUGAUCCAGAGCAGAACUUAGAUGUAUCGUUAGCAGACUAAAAACUUAAACACGUUGCAGGAUUUCCCCAAAAUAGACCAGAGGCGAUUAUAUUUUAUCCAGCAGAGCUUUACUGCUACUGAAGGCAAAUGAGCCUAAUGGUCAGAAAUCAAAUACAUUCAGGAUUGGCACUGUCCAUAAGAAAUCCAGUUGCAGCAGACUUCACUUAAACUUACAAUAACUUAUAAUAAGUCUAAACCUUAACACUAAGCAUACUAUGUACAGAACACCACACAAGAAGGAAGAGAGAUAGAAAGUGAAAGUGAAACCCAGGAUCCUUCUGGCCUUAUUUUGACAGUCAGCAUGACCUUGACAGAAGAGAUAAGAAAACCAAUUCAAGCCAGCUGUACUCAGCUUCUCUGAAGGUAUAACCCAAACAUCAUGAACCUUCUGCUUGUUUCUUUCACACACAGAAGCUUCCAGAACCCUCUUGAAUUUAGUACAAUAGGAAAGAUCAAUGCUUUAUGUACUAAGAAAUGCAAAGUGACACACCCAUGGUGAUCUGGUAGCUGAAGUGUUUCCGCAGCUGUGGGAUGUGGUGUUGUGUGAGGGAAUCCCUCUCCCAUUCUGCCCCUUCUUCCUUUCCACCAGCUGCAGGCAACCUGCUCCCUUUGGCAGCUUCAUAUUCCCUUUGCCAACCAGGUUUUCUAAUACGCCUGCAUUAAAUUGGCAAUUUAAGGAUACAUAUUGCUUUGAACCAGAAAUCUUCAUCACAAAACAGUUAUCUGUCAUUCCUGUUUUCCUAUAAAAAAAUUGAAAAUGUCAAAAUCGUCCUUUUCCCAUUUGCAGUUUUUAGAGUACAACUCAUUUCCUGAUGGGGAAUAUUUUUUCCAGCCGGUUUCAAACAGCCCCACUCACUAACCUUGCUGAUGUACUUAUUCACAUGCUACAAAAAAUGUUUUUUUUUGGGGGGGGGGAGCCAUCGCCGUAUACUCCCUUCCCUCAUGCCUUUGUGCCUUUAGAUCACAUGCUGUGAAAUGUCCCUGUAAAAAAUGUAUCUUCUCCUUGCCUCAUCUUCUCUAUCCAUCAAACCUAAUCUUUCUUUUAUGACCUUACAAAUAAAUAAAAUGAAAUAACCUUCUUUCCUUCCCAGCUGUCCAGGCCUGGCACCAGCACCCAGCAUGAUUGAAAAGAAUGGGUCCCGGGGGGGUUUGUAGUACUGCCAAUUUUCUUUUCACUUAAAAACUUAAAAAAACAAAGAACUAGUGCAGUGAACCUGAGACUGCAACAUCAGAUCCUCCAAGUGCCCUUAUCUUGCAGGGACGUUCCUGAUUUAGAGAAGCCAUCCCAGUUUCUGAUUUGAUCCCAGAAUGUCCCACUUGUCCUUAGUUCAUCCCUAUUUUCAUUGGGGAAAUGUUGGAGGGUAUGCAGUUAUCCGAUCCCAUAGCCGUCUGAAGGCAAUCCUGUAUAGGAAAGGUCUUUUUUCAUGUUUAAUGUUUUAUUAUGUUUUUAUAUAUGUUGGAAGCUGCCCAGAGUGGCUGGAGCAACCCAGUAAGAUGUGUGGGGUAUAAAUAGUAAAAUUAUCAUUAUGGAAUGGGACGUCCCUAUUUUCAUUGGCGAAAUGUUGGAGGGUAUGCAACCGCUCACCUUCUUUUCCCCAUCAGAAUGCCUCUGGGCCCCAAUACAUGGGCAUUCCGACCAGUCUUGACCAUUUCCUCACCUCACUGUGCACCCAAUGUUAAAAAACAUUGGCAAGCUUAAAAGGGAGGCAUGCUGGUCUUAGAGGACACCUUUCACAGGACCUUCUUAAACCUGGUACUGGCCUAACCUCAAAGUCUUCUCUCUUCUUCCAGAUUGCACGGUUCCUAUCAGAAGUUGCACAUGGGCUACAUUUCUGAGGCUUUAGUGGACUUCACAGGCGGGGUCCAGAUAUCUUUGAACCUUCCUCGCCCUUCCUCUUACCUGUAUGAGGUAGUGAAGGCCGCUGCCAAGUCAGGUUGCCUCAUGGGAUGCGUCACUCCUCCAGUGGUAAGCUAGAAGUUGUUUUACCCCCCUCUAGGAACUGGAAUAUAAGAAGAUGCAGCGAGAAUCGGUCUCGUUCACCUGUUCCCCUCAAAAUUGCAUGCAGAAUCCCUUUGCUUUGUUGGUUUAUGGCCAGACUUGUAAUGCUUUCCCCUCAAGCAAAGUGUCAUACAGCCAUGCUAAGUAAACCUGGCAGCCAGGUAGUGUGUGCCACUCAAUUUUCACCCCCAUUUCUAUGGUUCUGGAGGAGGGACGGGGACACAGACUCACGGGCCUUCUCUGUUUAAAUGCUCAGUGUCAUGGGCUGCAACAGUUCUGACAAGACACGGUGCUCUUAUUAUUAUUAUUACUACAAUUUAUUACCCACGCUUUACCCCCAAGGUCCCAGGGCAAGUUACAGCAAUUAAAACACAAUACUAAAAACAGCUUAGAACAACUUUAAAUUGAAGAAAUAAGGUAGGUGCUAAAAAUAAACAUCUCUCAAGUGUCAAAAGAGGUGUGUCUUCAGCAUUUGCUGAAAGCUAUAUAGUGAAAGUGCCCAGCGUACCACUCUGGGAGAGGAGUUCCACAACCUAGGAGUGCCACAGAGAAUGCCCUUUCCUGGGCCACCCCAGCCCACCAGCUUCUGAGGGAGGUUGAACAAGCAAGAGGGUCCCUUUCUGCCGAUCUGAGCACCCAAGGGGGUCUGUAAGGAAGCAGGCGUUCUUUCAGGCAUUUGGGGCCUGAGUUGUUUGGGAUCUUGACGCACCAUUAAGAUACAGAGAUACAGAGAAAUAGGCAUCCUCAAGUGUGAGCUACAAUCCAGCCACAUUUCCCCCCUGGAUCUGCAGGACCCCUUUGGCCCCAGUAAAGUGUACCCAUUAACCCCUGCCCAUGCUUGGACCCUACAAAACAAGAGCUCAGUAAACCUCUUGUUUUUUCUGCCUUUGACAACAAAGCCGGGAGGCUGUCAAGCAUCUGGCAACAAAAGAGCAUUGGUCUGCAUUUAGCUGAGUAUAUGUCAGUCACAAGUUGUGCAGGCUGUUGUGUAGCAGCAGCAUCUCUAAAACAGUUGUGACUGAGCUCCUUCCGUUAAAGGAGAUUCCAUCGGGGCGGUCCUACCAUUUGGCAGAGUGAGGCAAAUGCUUCAGGUGGCAUAUCCUGGGAGGGCUGUGGUUUGGAACAUUACUGUUCCUCCUGAGCGCCCCCUGAAUGCUUCCUUUGAUUGGAGGACAGAGCUAUAUGUACCACACAGCCUGCCUUGUACCCCACUAAACUAGCCUGAUGCCCUCAAGUGCAGAGGACAUAGCAUUGAAAGAAAUAAAAGAAAAGUCCACCGUCACCCCAGUCAACUUUUGUACAUGGGAAUGGGUGAGGGGCACCAUCGUGUCCUUUGCCAUCAGGUAGCAAAAUGUAUUUGGCUGGCCCUGGCCCUGGUUCUCCCCUCAUCAAACAAACCACAUCCAUUGGAUCAAAUGAAAACAUGUUUGCUAAUGCUUUUAGAGAGGUUAUAGGUGUCCUUUCUCCAUUCAGGAAAAUAACGUAAACGAGAAGAAUGGAAUUGUUCAAGGUCAUGCCUACACUGUUGUGGAGACUGCAGAGGUGAGAGAGGAAACAUUUAUUUCUGUCCUUCUUAAUUGUCUUCUUCCCACAGCCCUCUCUCCUAAUUGGCAGCUGGCCCGCUGUUCUCCAUCCCCAUGUUCAUAAUUCAUUGCUUUUAGGACCAGAAGGUAACAUUCCGUUGAUCUAAUCUAGACCUCCAUGCGUCACUGAGAUCACAUAAUUUCAUUCCUGCCUUCCUGAAAUGUCUGAAACCCGGUGGCUUUAUGUAGAAGUAAAGAAAUGAUAAAGUUAGCAAGGUGACACAGCCAGUUAGUCGUUUUUAAGGAAACUAUCAAGAAUGAUGAAACACUGAGCCCAUAAUUAACACUCAUUGGUUCAGCCAGUGAUGUGGCAGAAGAUAACCCACUUACCAGAAAAAGGCCUCAGGCAAGUUUUAAGAGGCCGAAACAAAUUAAAUGAACGGACACUUCUGUGGGCUGAAUCCAUGGAGUUAAUUUAAUUCUGAGGUAUAAAGUAUUGAUGCAAGAGCACCACCCGAUAGCAUUAAACACAGUUUACCAUUUCUGCAGAUAAUCCAAUAUGUUUAAAAAACACAUAAUUUUUAAAAAGGAAAUAGAAAAUCCAGGUUAAAUAAGGAAGGAAAUACGGGGCAGUGUUUUAAUACGGAAAGUGUAAUGUGGCGUUUUGUACAAAACUUAAAGGCAUGAGCAACCUCAAGUCCACAAAACACUUGCUGUGGGAAAGUGUCCUGUGAAAGAGACAUUGCUCAGAAUAUGCUAAAGUGCAGGGUCAAGAGUUCACAGCUGGAUGAAGAAGUCAUUUUCUUCACCUGCGAGGUUUAUCUUUCCCGAGCAUACACCCUUCCCUUGCCCCAAAUUUUAAUAUCAUCUUCUGGGGAAGGAGAUCAAUUUGGCAGAAAGUAAUAAUCCAGCAAUGGCAAAAGAAAGCAAAGGAUUUACUGCAGUAAGUGGGUCUGCCUUCAAGGUGAGUGCAGUGCUCAUCCCCCAGAAUCAUCACUUACGAUGCUCAUAUCAACAAGGACAAAAGAAAUGGCCAAAGCGGACAAUGACCUUGACUAAUCCUCUGGCUUGCCUUCCUUCUGCAGCAGUAAGAAUGCUCACUAACAUGGUGUGUAGUUCUUCCGGGAACUACAACAUUCUGCAAAACAGAGAAGGGCUGUGUGAUGGAAUACCUAUGCAGAGCUAAACUGGAGAUCAUUAUUUUGAACAAGAGACCUUUGUGCGUUGUUAAGCAUCUGCAUUACUAUACAGAUACCUCUCUUUGCAGGGCCCUCGACUAAAUGAUCUGUGCCAGGCCCCUUCCUACACUUGUGGGCUUAACUGGGGGCAGGGAGUGGUGGUAACUGGGGGGAGGGAGUGGUGGCUGGGUCAAUCUCUGCGACGGGGUGAGCUCCCAUUGCUCGGUCCCUGCUCCUGCCAACCUAGCAGUUCGAAAGCACCUCAAAGUGCAAGUAAAUAAAUAGGAACCGCUCCGGCGGGAAGGUAAACGACAGUUCCGUGCGCUGCUCUGGUUCACCAGAAGUGGCUUGGUCAUGCUGACCACAUGACCCGGAAGCUGUACGCCGGCUCCCUCGGCCAAUAAAGCGAGAUGAGUGCCACAACCCCAGAGUUGUCUGCGACUGGACCUAACGGUCAGGGGUCCCUUUACCUUUAAUGCCCUACAGGGGAAAACUUUAAGACCAUUAAACUGAAAGCUCUUGGACCUGGUUGUCCAAAGGGCACAGUGGCUGUGGGCUUUGCUUGGGCCCUGUCAGCUCCCCAAGGGGACCAAGUGAUGGCAUAGGCCAUUCCCUUGCAACUUUAGUACUCCUCACAUCACCACACAAACACAUACGCUGCCUACAAUUGCUUAUGAAUGAUAUGUUGUUAAUAGUUGCCAUAAUGCUCACACCCAUUUGAGAAAGAACUGGGAAUCAGGUGGUGUAAAUGCUCCAUAGAACAGGAGUUCCAACUAUUUCGGGCCUGGGGCCACCACAAAAUCACCAUUUCACAGGAGAAAACUGGGUAAUGCUUAGAUUCCCUCCCAAACAAAACAGGCAAGACACUCCACCCCAGAAAUUCUACUAAAACACGAGUGAAAAAGAAGGCAAUGUACAACUAACACACAGCUCUCCCAACCCUCAAAAAAGCCAAAAACCUUUCUAUAAAAGAAUUGAUAGGGUGAGGGGGCUUUGGCAGGCACUGUGGGGGGUGAUAUGAAGAAGUCAUGAUGCACCACACUGGAGACCCCAAACAUAGACUACUGUUUGGAAGGAGCACAAAUCACACCAGUGGCAUGCAGAGUGUUAAAUAAAAGAGAUAAUUGCGUUCAUUGUGUUAUGAUUUAGCCUAUUCUCUUUUUAAUGUAAAAACCCUUAUAAUUAUAAUGACUUUGGUUAAACUAUAAACUUUGGUGAUAAUGCAUUAACCAUUAACUAUAAACUAGGAGCCAAAGUGGUUCAGAUAAUAUGCCCAUGAUUUAUCUCAACAGAGAUAUAAAAACAAACACCUCAUGAUGCUCUUGGCUUACUCUAACCCAGGGAUGGGAAAUCUCCAGUCCCCAGGCUAAAUGCAGCAUUUGAAAGCUUCCCACGUAGCCCUUGAGGCCCUGUCUCCUUGUCUUGCCCCUUCCUCAACUUUCUUAGGUAAUUGUGCAUUUGAGAGUCUGUUGGUUAGAGUCUUGCCAGCAAAAUAUCCAAGGCAAAAUUACCUAAGGACUUGCACAAAUGGUUGCAUUUCCCCCCAUGUGAUCUAUUUUGUGUCCAGGGGUUGCACAAGUUUUGCAUGAACUGCAUGAACUGGACUAUGCAUGAAAACAUCCUGCAGCCCAUUCAAACCUGCAGCAAGAGCCAACAGGACUGCAUAAAUGGCUGCAGACUGUCUUUGUAUCCUGAACAUUCUCCAUGCAAUAUCAUCAGAAAACCAGGGAGUGGGGUGGGGAGAGCAGUCAGACUGCAUGUCUGAUUUGGCCCUAAGGAAAAAGAAGAAGAAUUGAUUUCAUGAUUCUUGCUCCCAAUAAUUGAAUGGUCUGAAAUUUUAGCCUGUUUCUCCCCUAUAAGACAACAUUGGCACUGCAUCGUUUUAUGGGGGAAAAAUAGAUGAGAGUUCAGUGACUUAAACCAGCUGUAAGAUUUUGUGGCAACUUGAAAAUGAAAUGUAUGGGAAAAGAGUAAAGUCUCAGUAGGAAAAGGCACAUCAAGACUGAACAGACAUUAUUUAGUUGGCUGUUAGAGGCAGAGAUACUUGUUAAUAUCUAGCUGAGAACAGAAUCCAAAACUCAGUGAUUACAUUUCAAGGUGAGAACCUUCUAAGAUUUAUGGAAGCUUCUCGUGUUUUGAAUUUAUUUACAACUGGGAGCACAGAAAGCAGCAUCUCCUAAAAGAAGCUACAAUAUAGUUUCUACAUAUUGAUGCUGCUUCCUUUGUCCUAGGUGGGCUAUGUGAAGAUCUUAAUUUCCUGCUUGUGUCUGUAGGUUAUAAUUGGCUUUAUUUGUGGCCUGAAGAAACCUGAUUAGGAAGCUGAAUGCUCAUACCCAAAGCCAAUACAGUGGUACCUCUGGUUGCAAACGGGAUCCGUUCCAGAGGCCCGUUCGCAACAUGAAAAAAGCGCAACCCGCAGCGGUGCAUCUGCGCAUGCACAGGUUGUGAUUCGCUGCUUCUGCGCAUGCGUGUGGUGUCAUUUUGCGCGUCUGCGCAUGUGUGAGCGGCGAAACCCGGAAGUAACUCUUUCCGGUACUUCCGGGUCACCGCAGAAACCUGAAAGAACGUAACAUGAAACGGAUGUAACCAGAGGUACCACUGUAAAUGCUUUUGUAAACCUGACCAAACUCGCUGACUCCUGUUCCACGUGUAUUAAAGUAGUGCUCCCAUCCAGGGCAUCAUCAGAACAUAAGAAGAGCCUGCUGAUUCAGGCCAAUGGCCCACCUGGUCCAGCAGUGUGUUCUCACAGUGGCCAGCCAGAUGCCAUGGGAAGGCUGCAAGCGGCACCAGAGUGCAACAGCACUUGCCACACAUUUGAGUUCUAGUAACUGGCAUUCAGAGGCCUAUUGCCUCUUGAGGCAGAACAUAGCCAUCAUGGCAAGUAGUCAUUAAUAGCUUUAUGCUCCGUGUUAACAAGCAGGUAACUUGCAGUUAAAGAUGAAUGAAUCUGUCAAUUUUAGUUUAUCUCAGUUUAUCUUUAAUCUUAGUGUCAUUUCUCCUGAUUUCUGCAUCAGUUUGCAAUUUAAAACAAACAAACAAACAAACAAACAAACAAACAAAAUUUACCAUUAUUUUGGUCGCAUUUUACCUAAUAUACACAUAUUAUUAGGAAGCCCAGCCAGAUGGGCGGGGUAUAAAUAAUAAAUUAUUAUUAUUAUUAUUAUUAUUAUUAUUAUUAUUAUUAUUAUAUGCUGUUUUCACCAAUAAAUUCUCUUAAUAUACACAUUUUUGUAUGCACAUUUCUCCCAAUAUACAAACAUUUAGUUGAAGUACUGCAUCACAAAAUUCAGAGAAGUGCAGAUUUCUAAGGAUAGUUGUGUUUCAUUUCACAUACUGUUUCCAUAAGUGUGAAUAAGGUAGUUUCAAUCAUGCUACAACAGUGUACAGGACUUAUUUAGUGCUUAAUAAGUGCUCCAGGACUUAUUUUUAUUUUGCUCCCAUGUUUUACUAGGCAGUUUUUGUUUUGUGUAUUGCAAAAAUAAUGCAUUUUCCACAUAAUUAAAAAAACAAGCUGCAUUGCCUACCAUCUUGUGCAUAGUAAGGCUUAUUAUUGAAGGCAAUGGGAUUUAAGCAACUUCACUGUGUGGCCGUUCACAUCCUUUGUUCCUUAGAUUCAGACAAAGUUAGGAACUAAAGUGAGCAUCCCAAAAUACAAUAGAAGAAGCUUUCACAUGUCUCUUUCCCCCACAAAACACCCCCAACAUACAAGAUGCCACUGUUGACUUUUUCUUUCUUCUUAAUAGGUUCCCUAUAUGGGUAUGAAGGAACGUUUAAUUAGACUUUGGAAUCCUUAUGGCCAUAAGGAGUGGACUGGAGCAUGGAGCGAUCGGUAUGGUUUCAAAAGUUUUAUUUCAUUAGGGGCUGCUGCCCCUGCUACCUUUGCUCGCCAACCCCUCCCCGUUCGCCUUAAAGCGCAUCCAAACUGUGCACCCUCUUUCUUUGCUGAUUGCCCAGAUUGUGACCCAGACAAACCUCGGAGGAACAGGCAGGACAGACUGAGGCAGCUCCCCAGUGACUCUUCUGCUCUGCUGCAGCUUCCUUCCUUGGCCUCUGAUGCUGCUGAGGCUAAAAUGGUGACAUCCAUGUGAGGUAGGCAGUAGCAGCAGAGCAAGAUGGUUGCUGGAUCUCACCUGAGUUGUACUCCACCUGCUCGCUUGCCAUCAAAAAGGACUUCAUUGCUGCUGUUGCUACCACCACAGGCAGUGGCCAAGCUAUUAUUUUUUAAGAUGAACAAGGGAGGGGGAGAAAAGCUGCCUCUGCUGGCUGCCAUCAAAGUAAUAUUAUUGUGCCUCUACUGCCCAAAACCAUUUCAAAAAUGUCAGCUCCCCGCUGCCAAAUUCACUUUCCAUUUUGGGGGACCCCCAUUGGCCCUAGUCAACACCUCCAAAGUUCAUCUUCUGCAGUUUAUGUUCUGGUCAUAGGAACAUAAGAAGCUGCUUUAUCCUGAAUUAAACCACCCGACUAUCUCUCUCAGUAUUGCCUACCCUAUCCAAAGCUCUCAAAAAUUUCAGACAGGGUUCUCUCUCAGAUCUGCCUGGAGAUGCCAGGGAACUUGUAACCUUCUGUAUGCAAAAUCAAUCGCUGUUCAACUGAGCCAUGGCCCUUCCCAACCGGCUCUCGUUUUGGGUAUGCUAUUUCCUUUUUCUUCUUUCCUCACACCUAAGAACAAUUCCCUAGAAUUACCCUAGGUGCAGUCUAUCAAAAUCAAGCACUUUUAUGUCUCAUUGAUUCCACUACGAAUGAUUUAAGCAUGAAAUGGUUGAGAUCAAUAAGACUUGAAAGAAAUUACCAGUGGUUGGGUGGUGUCCCAUGAUUUUGCCCUCACCCACUACCACAGAGCUAAAAAUCUGGAAAAUAUGCUCCUGUACGGUAUUCAUAAUCCUUUAUUUUUCAUUUUUUCUCUUUGUUGAAUUUGCAAAUGAAAACUGAAAAACAAGAGCAGUAUAUGUGCAACAGUAUACUAGUUGCUUUACGAUUUUAUAUAGCCAUCUUCUUUUCCUCUGGGCUUCUAAAGUAAUCUUUCCUGAAUAGUGUUCUUUAGUGUCUACAUGCUGGUGUGACUGAAGCUGAGCUAAGAAGUAUAGUAUAGUAUAGUAUAGUAUAGUACAGUACAGUACAGUACAGUUAGUAUAGUAUAUUAUAGUAAUUUCCCAGGUUUUGCAAAGUUUAAUUCUAAUCUCAAUACAGUUGAAAUUUGGGUGGAGCAGGCUUAAACUGCAUGGAUCAAUACAAUUCUUGAGUUCUGCUUGGUUAAUGCUAUGCAUACAACACAAUUAUCACUUAAUUAUAAAACUGCAGCUUGAGAAUUAACACAGCUGGAUAGCUAUUGCAAUGUCUGUGUGGUGGUAUUGCUGAGAGGUAAUAUCAGCAGCUAAAGAUGCAAAGAAUUAUUUCUUUAUUAAAGUACAUCCAGGGUCAGCCGUACCAUUAGGCAUAGUCAGAUGGUCACCUCAGGCAGCUGGUUUCGGGUAUCCUGAAAAGUCAGUACAUUUUGAGUUAUUUAUUAUUGUUGCAUUUUUAUUCUCGCAGAGGGAGAGAGGUGCUUGUAGGAGUUUCUGCCUCAGGCACCAAAAUGAUUUGGCAGGUCUUGGCUACUGUGCACCUUGACUUAGGGGCAGUGUGUGUGUGUGUGUGUGUGUGUGUGUGUGUGUGUGAGAGAGAGAGAGAGAGAGAGAGAGAGUGCACUUGCACCUGAGUGUGUGCGCACGUGGUGUGUGCUGCUUUGACUUUCGCAGCAAAAUGCCAAAGUGCCAUCCAGGACUAUUGAAACCAACAGAAACUGUUUCAUUCUCUUCAUUGUAUGGCAUUCUAAGCACCAGAACAACAAAGUUGCUUUUUCAGGACAUAAGAAUGAAGUGUGUAGCUUCUUACUCCUGGCAAUUUGUUCAGUGCCCAUUCGUGGCUGAAUGUUAAGCUUUGGGGGAAGAACUAAGCAUUGAAAGAAACGAGUGAUGCUUCUGAAAUUCACCCCAUCCGAAUUUCUCCUUGGAAUUUGUAUUUCUGGUCUUCUUUCCAAAGUAGAAGUGAUGCAUAUGUGCUCAUCCAUCACUCUCUCUUUCUUUUUUUAAUUUCUGAAUUUUAUAUUGAGCUCUGUUCAUACACUGCAGCUUUCAGCUACAUGACUGUUUUUUGGGCAGUGUUUUAUCAAUCCGUUCAUGCAUAGCAGAACCAGGGGUGGGAGACAAGCUAAUGAAUUUAUUCCCCCCUCCCCCAUUAGAUUUUCCCUGCCCCCAGUACUGAUACACAUAUGCACAUUGAUAAAAUGCUGCCCCAAAGCAAUCACAAUAUCAUACAUAUGGUAAUGUACAUAUUGCAGUCUUCAUGUGAUUGAGCAUUUCUAUCAAGCUUCUCUUUUUUUUGUAGCAUUUUAUCAGUGCAUCAGAUUCAGAUUUGUUUACUGUAUUUUAGCAACCUGCCAUCAAGCAGCUUCGGUGCAUUCAGAACAUUCAAAGUGAUCUGUGCCAAGUUUUAAUCCAAAAUAGAAUCACACAUUCGAAAAGAACAGCAAAUGCAUGACACAUAGCAAACCAAUGCAAGUCUGUCAAUCUAAUUUGCUUGGACCUGGGAGACCAGAGUUCAAAUCUUCACUCUGCUAUUAAGGUCUUAACCUGACUUACCUGUUUGUGAGGAUAAAAUGGAGUGGCAGAGAGAAGCAUGUUGGGGAUCUGAGGUGAGACCAGGGCCGUCUUUACCCGGGGGUGCAAGGGGUGCAGGACACCCGGGUGCUGAAUUCUGGGGGGCGCCAGGCACCCGCCGCUGAAGCUACCUAAGCUCUUAACUAUCUCCUGUUAUGAAAUAAUAAAUAAUUUUGAUCAAGCUAGAAAAACAAAAUACUGUACAUAUAUACAGUGGUACCUCUGGUUACGUACUUAAUUUGUUCCGGAGGUGUGUUCUUAACCUGAAACUGUUCUUAACCUGAGGUACCACUUUAGCUAAUGGGGCCUCCCGCCGCUGCGCGAUUUCUGUUCUCAUCCUGAAGCAAAGUUCUUAACCCGAGGUACUAUUUCUGGGUUAGGGGAGUCUGUAACCUGAAGCGUAUGUAACCUGAAGCGUAUGUAACCCGAAGUACCACUGUACCUAAGUAUUACCAAAAUGUAUACCUACUGUUUCACUAAAGGACUUCCGACUUUGUGGGCUCAUUUACCAAAGACGUGCCACGCUGGUGCUGGCGCCGUGCAUGCGAAAUUAACUCUUACAUCAAAUUAUUAUGUUACGUAUUGUAUUGAGCUGCUAUGUGGCAGUGGGGUCAGCAGCACCUUUGACACAACUGAUGUUUCUUCUAAGUAGGUGCCUAAACAAUACUUAGAAAUUUAAGUGUGGUGGUGUUAAUUUGGGGGCUAAACUAAAUUUGGGGGCGCUGGGCAGAUCUUUGCACCCCGGCGGUGCAUAUGCUAAAGACAGCGCUGGGUGACACACCCACGCAGUGGAAGUUGACCCCAGUUUCAGUCACCACACGGAGGCAGCUUAAGGUCCAAAAUGGUUUACUGCUAUAGAAGAUUAGGCUUCAGUAAUACAGAUCCAGACAUUUAUAAUUUACAUACAGCUUGUUGGCUUUUGCCAAUCACACUUUUUGAAGCAACGUGUGAACCAAAACACAACGAUCUUUUUGCAAUUUGCACUUCUCUAAAUUUUGCGCUACAGUUCUCCAAUCAAGCAAUGUGCCAAAAAAAUAAAUAAAUGUGCCUGUUAGGAAAACGUGUGCAUAAAAAGGCACAUCUUGGUGAAAAUAGCAAAAAGGAUGCAUUGCAUUAGGGAGAAUUGAAUACACAAAAAAUGUGUAUAUUAGGAGAAAAAUGCCUUAAAAGGAUGGCAAGUUCUUGUGAAGUUUUCUUUUUAAAAAAUAAAAAUAAAAAAAUGAACUGAUUCAAUCGCAAACUGAAAGAUUGUGAACUGUUCUUUAGUAAGAUGUGUUUUAGACCACAGGAGCCUGCUUCUUGGAAUUUUAAAGCAGGACUGUAGUAACGUUUUCUCUUAAACUGAGUCACCCUGUAGUUAAGACAGCUGGGGAAAUGUAGUAAGCUUUAACUAGAGGGCUUGUGGGGUUUAGGUGAGCCGAUGUAGGACUUAGCAAUGGUUAAGCUGUUUAUUCUUUAGCUGUUUAUUGUUUAGAGCAAUGUUUAAAAGUUAAGCUGCGUAUUCAUAUUCUAUUUUGUUUUCCAUGUAACCCUUAUUUGUCUACGUGCUCUUGAUUUCUAUUAUGCUCAUAUGUGGGUGUGGAGAGCUCAGGUGGUUAGAAUGUGCUGAUAACGCCAAGGCUGCAGGUUCGAUCCCUGUAUGGGACAGUUGCAUAUUCCUGCAUUGCAGGGGGUUGGACUAAAUGAACCUCAGGGUCCCUUCCAACUCUUUGGUUCUAUGAUUCUGUGUUUCAUAAACCGAAAUGUGUUCACUGCUCUUCUGCUGGUGUAUUUACAAUGAACCUUUCCAAAGGGAUUCCAGCUUGUCAGGCCCUGCUUGGUCACACCCAUGUCCCUCAUUUGGGCAAAUUAGGAACCUAAUUUUUAAUUUCAUAUGGGCUUGUCCUCUUUUGUAGUUCCAUGGAAUGGGAUCGAGUCCCGAAGCAAUACAAGAAAUCUCUGUAUGAAGACAAGGAUAACGGCGAGUUCUGGUAUUUUCACAAUUUGUCUUUCUGUGAUUCUCUGUGCUCUAGAUUUAAGGCCCCCAAGCUGUAAUAAUCUCCAUAUGUUGCCAUCUGGGCUUCUUCGGGAGAAAGUGUAGGAUAAAAAUUGAAUUAAUAAUAAAUAAUCUUCUUGCAGUGAGCCACUCUUAUUUUCAGGGUCCUGCUACACUUAUAUUAAAGAUGAGAGGCUGUAUUCAACUCAAUAAAUAUCUGUGUGGAACAAUUUCAACUUGUGCAAGGGGACUUUGCCCUUCCUCCCACAGCACAUGACCCAUGCCAUCCCCAAAAAUGCUCCAGAGAGCCGGGGGAAACCUUAGAACAGAUUGCAGAUUGGGGAGGAGAGGAAGGAAAGUACAACUGCACAUGCAGAAGUUGUUCCGCUCUUGCAAAGUUCUAUUUAGCGAUAGGUUGAUGAAUGCAACCCCAGACUACAAUCGGUAAAGUUUUUAUCUAAGAAAAGGACCGUCAAUCUAUAGGCUGUUCACCACAAGCAACUGCCAACUGUUUUUGCCAUUCGUUUUCUAGCACCAUGCAAAUUCCACUUCUCCAUUUCAAAAAUAUUUCAAGUCCUCAGGGCUGCAAAACCAGGAUUGAAAAUAUAUGUGUAGUUGUUGUACAAUGUAGAAGUAUGCAAAGCCUGUCUGAAAAUUCAUUUUCUCUUCCGUCAGGAUGUCAUAUGAAGAUUUCCAAGAACAUUUUUUAUUUUUGCAUGUUUGCAAUAAUGUGCCAACCUUCCUAGACUUUGGAGUGCAGAGGAGCAACAUGUGGUCUGUGCAAACGCAUGUCGACAGAUGGGUUCAAGGGCUCUCCCCAGAAGGUAAAAAUUAGUAUCCUUCCUUAAUUAUUUCCCUAUUCUUUUUUCAAACAGUACAUUUCAAAAUAGUAAUUUCUUAUCUGGACCUGAACUGAAAAAGUAAAAUUUUAAACAUAGCAAUGUUUUAUAUUUCCAUAUUGCACCAAUAUUUAAUUAACACAGGCUUGAUUAUAAAGAUGUAGCACAAUAUUACAUGCUCAUAGUGGGUGCUAACAUAUAAAUCUUGAAUUUUACACUCUGGAGACAGACAUCUGUAGAUGACAAUUGCCUAUGACCUCUGUCCUUCCAUAAUCAUGAGGUCCAUCAAGCCUCAGCAGAACACUUGAUCUGGCAAUAAACCCAGUUUGUUUAAUUGAGUUUUUGAUCCAUGCUUGUGAAAUUAACUAACUGCAGUUCCCAAGGUUCUGCUACAAUUUCCUCUUCCACAUUGGAUUCCCAAGUAAUGUUCAGUGUUGCAGGGCAGUUGCUGUUCAGCAACAGAACCUACAGCUUCAAUCCCAGACCUUGUUUUCUUUGCGAGAUCUCAAAUCUGAAAUAUACACAUCGCAUAAGAAUUAUGCACAGAAUUAGGCAUGCUUAAGCCCACUGAAAUCAACCCCCUAUGCUAUUAUUUACAUAUUCCUAUCCUUUUUCUGCUUAGUUGUCCCAGUACUUAAUUCGGUGGGGAUCUGGUAUCUCCAGCCACUUUCUGUAAGCAGUGCCAACUGUUUAUUUGCGGAUGUCCUGGUUAUAUGGCCAGGGGUGAAGCCAGGAGGCUGCAGUAGGUGCAGCCCACCCUGGUGUCACCACUGAAGGAGGUGGCAGAAUGGUGGGCAGCACUCACCGCAGGGCCUGUAGUGCGCCUGAGCCACGCAUCUCUCCUGGGAGUGAUGCGGUGGCUUGAGCGUCCACAGGCUCCGCACCUGCCCCAAAACGUCCGCCUGUUGCCUCCCCCUCAGCUGUAGGGCGGCUGACUGGGAGGAGGCAGGCAGACUCCUUGGAGACCCAGCAAUGCCCCUGUGGGCAGCUGGCCCUGCCCCUGGGCGCAGGGCACAUGCGCCGCCCCAGGCGCCCAAUUGGUUUGCUCCGCUGCUGUAUAUGGCAAGUCUGGAGACUGACCACAUUUUGAUGAUAGCCCAUGGAUUCUCUUCAAGUUUUGCUUUAGGAUAUUUGUAAUAACUGUAUGUGGCUUAUUUCCAUGAAAGUGAAUUUAGGAUUGCAGCCUGGGCAUGUUGUCUGUGCAUUGUGCGAAAGGGUUUCUAUCUGAAGUCUAGAUUCGUUAAACUUGUUAUUAUUCACCAUAUGAAAACAAAAAUUAAAAUACAGCAUGUGAAAACAUACAAACAGCAAAUGUCUUCACAAUUUAUAUAACAUAACAGCCAUUUCUAAAAUUGGUGUAUGCAUUCUGUUGUGGAAUCUGAACCAUUUUCUCUGUUUUUCAGAAAGACCACACUUUAAUCAGUACAGCUAAUUUGCACAUAAUCAUAACCAUGGAAACUUUACACUUCUCUUCAAUCAGUGUUGCUUUAGAAUUUCCUCAGUUCUUUGCUAACAUAAUUUUAUGGCUUGCUAAGAAAUUCCUGUUUUCUCACCAAGUAUAUAUAUAUUUUUAUGUUCAUGCUUUACAACCUUUAUAUACUAUUUUCAGUCUUGUAAAAAAUACAUUGGGGCUUAUAUUUUAUCCAUAACAUGUUUUAUUUUGUACUGUUGUGCUUCUUUAAAAUAAAAAAAUUAAGUUCUACUACUUGUGGUGUAAAACAUAAGAUGUUUUCAUUUUUCUUACGUGCAGUUCCUCCUCUAUCCAGAAAUUUAUCAUUGUUUUAUGCCGCAACCAGAUUUGCAAGAAUCCAGCAACUAGUUAUUUUUAUAUAGUAAUUGUAUAGAAUUUAGUCUAAGUUGUUUUUGUGCAAGUGGAAUAGACGUUCAAUUUCACAAUAAGACUUUGCUUCUCUCCCUGCCCCACAGAGCCCCCUACUGCUUCAAAAUAUGCUGUGGGGCAGUUGGGGGUCCUUCAGAGGAGAUCUUGCAAGCACAUGUGGCUGCAGGGUGGGGAGGAGUGGAAGAAAAUGCUGCGCAAGCUUGUGGCGUAAUCUGCUAGGGACCAUGUUUUGGUUUCUCUCACACCUUUCUGUCAAUCCGUUGUCUUAUCCUACCCAUUCUUCCCCUUUGUCACCUGCAUGAAUUAGGCCAAGAGAUGCAGAUUGCCUCCACCUGAUAGAUAAGGAUUGCAGCCUGCAACAAUGCUACUGCUUCAGGAAUCUCUGUUUAGCAGGGAUCUCUGGCUGUAUGCAGAGAAUGUAUUGCCUUCCUGUAUUUGGUAGAACUGAGGAUCAGGGCUUCUUAUAAAGUAACCACUAAUUGAAUGUCUAAGGGACGCGGGUGGCACUGUGGUCUAAACCAUUGGGCCUCUUGGGCUUGCUGAUCAGAAGGUCGGGGGUUCGAAUCCCCAUGACGGGGUGAGAUCCUGUCGCUUGGUCCCUGCUCCUGCCAACCUAGCAGUUCGAAAGCAUGCCAAAAAUGCAAGUAGAUAAAUAGGUACCACUCUGGUGGGAAGGUGUUUCCGUGCACUGCUCUGGUUUUGGUGUACCUUUGCACCAGAAGCGGCUUAGUCGUGCUGGUGACAUGACCCGGAAAAACUAUCUGCAGACAAACACCGGCUCCCUCGGCCAGUAAAGCGAGAUGAGCGCCGCAACCCCAGAGUCGUCUGCAUCUGGACUUAACUGUCAGGGGUCCUUUACCUUUUUAAAUUGAAUGUCUAGCUUCCUGCAACAGGGCAGGUUAAGUGCCUGCUAGAGACAUUGACAGGCUGAAGGAAUUGCCUUUCCCACAGGACCACGAUCCUAUGAAGGCAUGCAUGCAGCAGGCAGAUGUAAAAGGAAGCGAUAAAGGAGGGACGUCUCACUUGAUCCACACUACUCUGCUGCAUGUGUCUGAUAACAGAAAUCAUUGUUUUUCGCAACAGGUGCCUUUUCCAGAAAUCCUCGGUAUUUAAUCCAGGUGCAGGAGCCGGACAUGAAAAAUUCCAAUGUUGUGGUAUCACUGACACAGAAACUUGUAAAUGAUACAAGGAGUCCACAACCUCCAGAACCUCCAGGCAUUCGUUUCGUAAUAUUCAAGGUAAAUAACACCAGACAAGAACUGGUUUUCUGCUCAUGCUUGAGCCUGGCCAUCUGUAUAAAUUGUUCUACCCUCAUGUGCUGGAUUCAGCCAAAAACCAGCCAUGUUUUGUCUCAAGAUGGCUGGGAAAUUCCAGGUUGCAAUGGCAGGGAAAGAGAUGAACAUUGCUGCCUCCUACCCAGUGCCCUAAACUAUCCUUCCUCCCAAAUGACGAGCGCCACAUCAUAGCUGUCAACUUUUCCUUUUUUUUAAGGGAGAUUCCCUUAUUCCGAAUAGGAUUUAUCACAAGAAAAGGGAAAAGUUGACAGCUAUGCGCCACACGCCCAGCUCUGCCCACAUCUCUUUGCUUUCCCCCCUUGAGAAUAGCUUUGCCUUUUCCCAAUUAUUUUCAAGUGAUAGCUUUAGCACUGUCUCUGAAAUGUAACGAAACCUAUUUUUGCAUUUCCGGGUCCUUCAGAGGCUGGAAUGAGAACUGUUUUGUUGGCUCUGUCUCUCCCAUUCAACACCCACUGCAGAACUCCUGGAUAUUUUGGCAGGAGAUGUAGAUAAGAUUAGCCUCAUUUACUCUGCAUUAAUUAAUCUAGAAUAACCACCACCACCACACCCCCGGCUUCCAUCCUCAGAAUAACUCGUAUGGAUUCAAGCCACCGCACAAUGUGUAGUGACUUACUCACGUAGUUUGGAUAUGGUUCAAACAUGCUAUAGAAAAGAAAUUACCUAAAUUAAUCAAUAUAGGACUUGUUUCAGGAGGGAAAAUAUUUAGGAUUGUAGUUUUAGUGUGAAAUAUACCAUUAUUUUUAUUUCUGAGAUCUUAACACAUCUCACCCCACCGCCGAAAAAUUAUGGUGCCAUUGAUCUACUCCCCUUUUCCCUUAGCUACAAACAUCCUAUCUCUUUCCAUCCCCUUCUGCAGCCAUGAGAAGGUUCAAUAUAUACUUGAGUUUUAAAGAAUUCAGAAGUAAUAAUGUGUACUAUUGCCUCGGGAGAGGAGUUUUCUUGAAGUAGUGGUGCUCACACUACACAUUUAAAGCACAUUUAUACCACUUUAGCAGUCAUGGUUUGCCCCCUAGAAUCCUGGGAAAUGAAGUUACUCCUCAUAGAACUACAAUUCCCAGCACUCCUAACGAACUACAGUUCCAAGGAUUCUUUGGGGGAAGAAGAAGAAGAAGAAGAAGAAGAAGAGUUUGGAUUUGAUAUCCCGCUUUAUCACUACCCUAAGGAGUCUCAAAGCAGCUAACAUUCUCCUUUCCCUUCCUCCCCCACAACAAACACUCUGUGAGGUGAGUGGGGCUGAGAGACUUCAGAGAAGUGUGACUAGCCCAAGGUCGCCCAACAGCUGCAUGUGGAGGAGCAGAGACGUGAACCCGGUUCCCCAGAUUACAAAUCUACCGCUCUUAACCACUACACCACACUGGCUCUCUCAGCUAUGGCUGCUGAAAUAGUUCAAGAGUGCUUUAAAUACAUGUGUGGAUGAAGCUUCAGGUUAGGUAAUUUCUCUCCCUACAAAUAAAGAUGCUUACACAGCCUCAGGUGGGCACUUCAUUCCACGCUCAAGAAUGUUAAUUCAGGAAUAUACUGCUCUUGAGUGCAGCUGCAAGGCAAGAGCAGAAUCUUUCCUUAGCCAUUUGGCUGGAGGUUCUGUUUUCUGUUGGUUUGAAAAAAGUUGAAAAUUGUAAAGUGAAGUUGCAAGUGGAACCUGUGGCACAUUCUAGAAUAAAAGACCUCAGAAAGUGACACACAAAGUGUAACAUUGAACAGCCCCUAAAAGCACCACAAAACAAAAUUUAAAAUAUUUUAAAGCAUGGGUAGGCAAACUAAGGCCCAGGGGCCUGGAUCCGGCCCAAUCACCUUCUAAAUCCGGCCUGCGGGCAGACAGGGAAUCAGCGUGUUUUUACAUGAGUAGAAUGUGUCCUUUUAUUUAAAAUGCAUCUCUGAGUUAUUUGUGGAGCAUAGGAAUGCAUUCAUUUUUUUUCCAAAAUAUAGUCUGGCCCCCCCACAAGGUCUGAGGGACAGUGGACCGGCCCCCUGCUGAAAAGAAUUGCUGACCCCUGUUUUAAAGCAUUCAAAACUGUUAUAAAUACAGCAUAUAGCCAGCAUGUAGACAAUCAACAGCCUGGUUUAUGAACGUUUGAAGUCCUGAAAACCAUAGGGCUCUUGCUUCCCAGUGUCCUGGUUUUGACUAAAAUGGUGCCUGAACUCACCACCUGAGUUUGCUAAUAGGAGUAAAAUGUGUCCACCUUUCUUGAAUUGACCAAAAGGGCAACACAUUGGAAUUAAGUAGAUUGACCUAGUCUAAUCUACAAGGUACUUGACCCCACACCACAACAACAAACAGCACAGACAUUAGGAAGAAUGUGUAAAGCAUAGAGGAAAGUAAUAACCCAAUCUUGUAGGGAAUGGCUGAGCAACCAGGCCAGAAUUUCCCAACCAGUCAGAAGCUCAACUGGCUGGAACUUUCCAGUAGUUGAAUAUGUGCAUUCUCAGAGCUGCACAGUUGCUGUUAAUUAAGCAGGCCGCCAUAUUGACCUUGAGCUACUAGUCACUGCCAGAUAACACAGUUGCACUCAAUCCAUGUUCUCAUUCUCAUUACUAAGAGCCAGAAACCAAUUUUCUCUGCUGCCCGGAGGCCUGCAGAAAUCAAACUUUGGUCAAGGCAGAAGCAGAAGAAAGGCUUUUCUUGACACUCCCUGUUUCCAAUAUUUUAAAGAGCCAGUAAGCAUAAUCAAUAGGGAUGUUCUAAUUUAUUUUGUCUGUAAUACUAGGCCUCAUUGACCACUGGUGGGGCUUGCUUCCAAGUAAGCAUCCCUAGACUCAGGAUGUUGGGAGGGGGGAAUGCAGCCAAUCCAAAACAUGCCUAUAAAGGUGGGUUAGAAGCAUGAGACAUUGAACUACACAUUUCCACAAAGCUGGACUUUAAAAGGCAGUUAAAGGCAUGUUUUCCUCACACGUCUCGUUGGGAUUACACUAAAGUAGCCUGUUUGUAGCUUUUCUUUGAGAUCAUAUUAGAUAUCAGUCUCUGGCAGUGCUCUUGGGGUAUCUUUUUCAGAAUAAUUAUGUCUCUCCUGUUGUGCAUCUCUAGCAUCUCCUACUUUUCAUUGUCAGUAUUUAUUUUCACUUAGAAAAUGUUAAUCUUGCCUUCAGGCAGUUGCACUCUCAACUGGAUUUACUGAGGCCUAAUCUAUGCAAGUAGUUUCCAGGGGUGGUACCCCAUGAGGCAAUUCUGUUAGUGAAAGGACUGUUAGUGAAAGAACCAUGGCUGCACCAUGGAACUUCUCCUCCUCCUUCUUCUCCCUGUACUCGCCCCAGAUCUGUUCUGGAAGUUCCCUUAACCCUAAGUAGCAGAUUUGGGGAGGAAAUGUGGGGCACACAUGGAGAGGAGAGGGAGCAGCUUGCCAUUGUUCCUGCUCCAGUAUGCAGUCUACCCUCCAGACACAGCCCAUGAGGGUCGGUAUGUCAAGGAUCAAUACAGGUUCUUUGUUUGUGAACAACUCAGUUUCAUUCCUACUUAUAGCCCGCUUUGAAAGUAGCCCCUUGCAGUGUCUGAUAAGGUGCUUCCAAAAUGUGAGGAGACCUUGGAAAUAUCCUCUGCCAUAAGAAGAGGGGCUUGGACAAGAAAGGUUGAGGAGAGUCUCCAGCACACAGAAAUGAGUUCAAGAACCCAAGAGGUAGCUUAAGAUCUCUGCGCAAAAGUCCUUGUCCAUCUGUCUUGGAGGCUUUAGUUGAGAAUUCCUGCAUUGCCGGGGGUUGGACUAGAUGACCCUCGGGGUACCUUCCAACUCUACAAUUCUAUAAUCCUUAGGUGAGGUGUUAGCACAGCCGCCUAUAAUUUUUUAGGUUUAUAUAUUAAACACGUCUGCUUGAUGCUAGUCAUGGGGAGGAAACAGCAAGAACCAGCACAGAGUAAACAGGAAAUGUUAUCUGAUCCAAGAGAGGUAUAAUUAGCACUAAAAUAAUUAAUUGAGUAAUCAAUUUCGUUAACUUAUUCAUUAAGCACAGAUUAAAAAUGUGGGGUUUUAAUUAGAUUUUAACUGGACUCUCCCCGAGAAGGAUAUUUAGUGCUAAUAGCAUUCUUGUAAAUGUUCCAUGUCUGGGGGUCUCAGGAGCAUUUUACCGUAGAUUUAGUUUCUCCCCCCGAACCAUAGUAAGAGCCCCUGCUGCCUUAGAGUUCACUCCUACCAAAGAGGCAAGUGCUAUGUUAUGAGAACACAUGACCCGGUUGAUGUGCCCAAUCUGGCUAGAAUCAAUGUGGGUGGACGGGGGAAACAGCAAAACAAUACCCCUCCCUUCCCACAGACACAUUUAAAAGGAAGCCACUAUAGAGAAGGUCCGUUCUCAUGUUGCUACCCUCCGGACCUCUCAUGGAGGAGGGGCACAUAGAAGGGCCUCAAAUAAUGAGCGCAGAGUCUGGGACGGUUUAUAUGGGGAGAGGCUGUCCUUCAGAUGGUCCUUCACCAGCCCUUUCUGUCCACUGGGAUUCUCCUCAGGCCACCUGCCCUCUUUAAGCACUUUUGUGUCCCUGUCUGAUGCCUCUUGCUUGCCUGGAAGGAGAAUGGAGAGGUGUGUGGCAUGUCUGUGAGUAGAAACCUCUGACCUUCUUGCAUGGCUGGAAUAUAACUCCCUGCAAGAAGGUAAGACUUGCAUCCAUUGCUCUGCCCUCUUAUCAUCUGGCCUAGCCCUUGUUUGUGGCUCCCAGAAGAUUUCCCACAAGAGGUUGCAUCCCUUGUGCUGAAAAGCUUUCUCCACCCCUUCUUGUACAUAAUGCAUACAAUGUUUUUGGUAGCACAAUGGCCAGUAUAUGUGAGAAUAAGACUCCUUUAAGAACUGGGCUGGAAGGAGUGGUAAUAAUAAUAAUAAUAAUAAUAAUAAUAAUAAUAAUAAUAAUAAUUUAUUAUUUAUACCCCGCCCAUACCUAGCCACUCUGGGCAGCUCCCAGUUGAGUGUUAAAAACAAUACAGCAUUAAAUAUUAAAAACUUCCCCAAAUAGGGCUGCCUUCAGAUGUCUUUUAAAAAUAGGGUAGCUGCUUAUUUCCUUGACAUCUGAUGGGAGGGUGUUCCACAGGGCGGGUGCCACUACCGAGAAGGCCCUCUGUCUGGUUCCCUGUAACCUCACUUCUUGCAAGGAGGGCACCGCCAGAAGGCGCUCAGCGCUGGAUCUCAGUGUCAGGGCUGAACGAUGGGGGUGGAGAUGCUCCUUCAGGUGUACAGGACUGAGACCAUUUAGGAAUUUAAAGGUCAGCACCAACACUUUCAAUUGUACUCGGAAACGUACUGGGAUCCAAUGCAGAUCUGUCAGGACCAGUGUUAUAUGGUCCUGGAGGCCACUCCUAGUCACCAGUCUAGCUGCUGCAUUCUGGAUUAGUCCCUAACUAAUGGCAUGAUGUGGUUGCUGUAGAGAUCGCCUUUCUCCACGAUGUUAUGGAUGACAAUAACACAAUGGAUGACAUUGGACACUGUGUCCAAUGAAUAAUUAUUUCACAUUUCAUCCUAGACAAAGAUCUUGAUCUUUCCAAUUGUCUAAAAGAUCUAAGACAUGGCAGGUUUGGUUAGUGGGGGAAGUACAAAGGUGUGGUGAUGCAUGUACUGUCAGUUGCUCAGUGCAGGGGACUUGGAGAAAAGAUUUUCUGUUUGUAGCAAUGAUUCUUCAGCCUGUGUUACAAAGACAUGGGACGAUUGGUUGAAAACAUUGUUAUAAACAUCAUUAUAAAGGCACUCUGAAUGUCUCAAUGACAAAAGAAAUUCUUAAAUAUAAAUGACUCCAUUAGGUCCAAAAGAAGUGUCUUCAUUUAGGUUUGCUGAAGUUUUAAUCCAUCGUGCCUCAAAGUCCAAAUGCCUGCCAUGCUCCCCUAAAAAAAAAAAAAAAGGCUCCCCCCGCUUUCUCUUUGCAAGACAGCAGUUUAUAUUCUCCCCCACCCUUUCCAAAGGCAUGGCUCAUAAAUUAUUGUGCCACACUGUGAAACCACUCUAAAUGGGAUUUAUACACUCCAGUGUAUUUGUAAGAAUAUGUUUAGUAAGGGUUUUUAUUAUGCUGUCUUUAUGUGUCAUCACAAUAAUAGCUGUUGCAUUUUAUUUAUUGCUCCAGCUUGAUGAAAAUAUUGGAACAGCAACAAAUGUGACAGGAUACGACAUUUUCUUAUGAGAAUGGAUAUCAGGUUCGUAGUCUGUGCCAGAGCUGUAGCAAGCAUAUGGUCAUGGAAUCUGUGUUUGUGUGGGUUCCAUAUAUGGAGGUUCACCAAAGAUUUCCUUAGUUCAGCAAUGGAAGAAGAAUUCAAGUUGCUUCUCAUGUUAAUGCAAAUCUGCCUAAUUCACACUUCCAAAAGCAAUGCACACCUAAAAACGUAGCCACCCUUUGAAAUCCACGCUUGUCUGAAUUUUGCAGUGAAAUUCACCACCCCAAUCCCCUCCCCAACAAGUACAAAAAUACACAUAUUAGGGAAAAGUAUGCAUUGUGAAAUAACAAACCCAAAUUAGAAAAAAUGGCUUGCGGAAUUGUGAAUUUCUGGAGGAAUGCCCAUCAAAAUUAUGGUACAUUUCUGAGGACUUAAAAAACAACAACCAAGUACACAAAGGGAUAUUGAAAUGUGGCCAACUGAAUUUAAACUGGAAAAAUGAGAAACUGAGAGAAAUCAAGACUGAAUCAUCCAUCCCUAGUUGAGUGUUUUCCCUAUGGGACCAUGAAUUCAGUUCACCAGCACUCCUGCUGUUUACUUUUGGAGGAAGAACAACUAAGUUAGGUGCCUCUGAUCUUGCAGAAGAUUAGAAAAACAGAGUUGAAAUGUGCCUUGAAGGUCAUCUAGUGUAGUUCUGUGCCAACGCAGGAAAUCCUCUCUGUUUCAAUAUCUUUGAUAAGGGGCCAUCCAAACUCCAUUUAAAAUCCUCCCCUUUCUGAGGCAGUUUGUUCUUCUGUCUAACAGUUUGUACUAUCAUCAGCAAGUUGUUAUCCCUUCUCCAACUCAUUUCUACCCUUGAUUGACCUGCAUAAUGUAUUUUAAAAAUUAGAGGAUGACAUUCUGUGAUAGUUUCUCCAGAAUUCCUGCUCAUUUCUUCUCACGUUAUAUUGCUUCUCAGGACAGAACCACCGUUUACAACAAGGGAUUCAUAAAACAACGAGAUGUCACUGGGAUAUUUCAGUUGAGACCUGGGACCUACAUCAUUAUUCCAGAAAUAUCACAAGGAGGGCAAGAGUCAGAGUUCAUUCUACGAAUCUUUCUAAAGAACCAAAACAACUACAGGUAUGUAGACAGGCAUUCAGGCCUGUUCUUGUCAUAAGCCAGCAUCUCUUUACCAAUGUUUUCUUAUAUUCCAUUCCUCAGUUUAUGGGUGAUCACUUUCACCAUGCAUGCAGAUAUGUCCCCGAAACUGAGCUCAUUAACAGUAUCUAUUGUUUAAAGGACUCUUGUCUUAUUUUUUAUGGGGGUGGUGAAGGGUAUAGGAGUAGGCAAGACCAGAUCUCCCCCAGGAGUGGGUGAUGAUAGCUCCCUAGCUCUCUCUCUCUCUGAAUCCUCUCCGCUAGGUUGUGGAUUGUGACCCAAGAAUGUGACAGUAACUUCAGACUGAGCAGAAGACUGUUGGAAGAGAGCUGGUUGUUUUAACACUUUCCGUCCCAGCCAUUUGUCUGCCCCAAACCCACCCAUCCCAACUGCUUUAUUUCCAAGAGAAAAUAUACACUCACACUGAAUCUUUACGCUCUUGGGGAGAAAAGCAGCUCUCUCUCUCUCUCUCUCUCUCUCUCUCUCUCUCUCUGUGUGUGUGUGUGUGUGAUUUUGAGCCACCAAAUGGCUGGGAAGAAGGACCCUCUCUUAGAUCUACCCCCCUCACUGGUCCUCUGCAUGUGCUUUAUCUGAAAAAGAAUGCCCUUGAUGAAAUACCGUAUAUACUCGAGUAUAAGCCGACCCGAAUAUAAGCCGAGGCAUCUAAUUUUACCACAAAAAACUGGGAAAACUUAUUGACUUGAGUAUAAGCCAGUUCACCACAUCACAAACCUGGUGGUGGCAGCAGCAGUGGAGGAAGAACAAGCAGCCCAAAAGGGCUGCUUUCGGGCUGCUCAUUCCUCCGCCGCCGACAGCGGCAAAGGCGGCGGAGGAGGAAGGAGCAGCCCGAAAGGACCCUCACUUGAGUAUAAGCCGAGAGGGGCUUUUUCAGCAUAAAAAAUGUGCUGAAAAAGUUGGCUUAUACUCGGGUAUAUACAGUAACCAUGGGUUUAAUUUGUAGGUCUACCUGUGCUGCAUUCUGGCAUGGUAAGUUAACUAUGCACCAUACAACACAAUUUCCAGACUACUCCAGCCUUCUUUUCCCAUAGAAAAAAGUAUCUCUGCUGCAGGCCUGCCAGGGAACCUGAAUUCAGUAUUCAGUGUUUAACUAGCAACACAGACAUCUUGUUCUAUCCUAAUGCAGUCCUCUCUUUUUCUUCUUCCUUUUGUUUAUUAGGGCACCAAAUACUGAGCUGAGUCCAGUGGUAACAGAGGUAUGUAGGUGUAGAAAGUGGUGUUGCCUUUAAAUGUGAAGCAGUGACAUACGCUGUGUGCCUUCUACUUAUUGGAAGCCUGGAUCCAGAACUGAAUUGACUCAAUCUGGCCCAGUUUGGAUAGUUCAGUUCAAGACAGCACUAGAUCAACCUGCCAUGGGUUGGCCCAUUUAGACCUCCCCAGGGCAAUCAAAAGGUAGGGCAGUCAGCUGGCAGGAGUGAAGGAGAGGCAGGUAGCCUGUGCAGGGUUUGCUUCAGCCUUGGGAGACCAGGGUUCAAAUCACCACUCAGCUGUGAAGCUCAUGGGGUGACCUUGGGCCUGUCACCAUCUCUCAGCCUCAGGGCUGUUGUGAGGAUAAAGCGAGGAGGAGGAGAGGUAUGAACACCACCUUGAGCUAUAAUAAUAAUAAUAAUAAUAAUAAUAAUAAUAAUAAUAAUAAUAAUAUAAUUUAUUACUUAUACUCCACCCAUCUGACUGAGCCUGCCCAGCCACUCUGGGCUGCUCCCAACGGAAUAUUAAAACAUGAUAAAACAUCAAACAUUAAAAAUUUCCGUAAACAUGGCUGUCUUCAGAUGUUUUUUAAAAGUCAGAUACAGUGGUACCUCCGGUUACAUACACUUCAGGUUACAUACGCUUCAGGUUACAGAGUCCGCUAACCCAGAAAUAUUACCUCGGGUUAAGAACUUUGCUUCAGGAUGAGAACAGAAAUCGUGCAGCAGCGGCUCAGCGGCAGCAGGAGGCUCCAUUAGCUAAAGUGGUGCUUCAGGUUAGGAACAGUUUCAGGUUAAGAACAGAACGAAUUAAGUUCUUAACCCGAGGUACCCCUGUAGCCGUUUAUUUUCUUGACAACUGAUGGGAGGGCGUUCCACAGGGCAGGCGCCACUACCGUGAAGGCCCUCUGCCUGGUUCCCUGUAAUCUCACUUCUCGCAGUGAGGGAACCGCCAGAAGGCCCUCGGAGCUGUACCUCAGUGUCCAGACUGUAUGACUGGGGUGGAGAUGCUUCUUCAGGUAUACAGGGCCAAGGCCGUUUAGGACUUUAAAGGUCAGGACCAACACUUCAAAUAGUGCUCAGAAACAUACUGGGAGCCAAUGAAGGUCUUCAAAGGUAGCCCCAUGUAGGGCAUAUUGAGUAGUCCAAGCAGGAGAUGACUAGAGUAUGUACCACUCUGGCGAGACAGUCUGCGGGCAGGUAGGGUUUCAGCCUGCGUACCAGAUGGAGCUGACAGACAGCUGCCCUGGACACAGAACUGACCUGCACCUCCAUGGGCAGCUGUGAGUCCAGAAUGACUCCCAGGCUGUGCAUCUGGUCCUGAAGGGAAGGUGGGACAUAAAUGUAAUAAUAAAUAGAAUUCUUCUGUCUGCAGGGGUCUGCUUUGCCAGCAUGUUCCACAAAGCAAAGCAGACCCAAUAGGACUGACUGUUCCGCCUCCAACCUCCAUUCCACAUGUUUAAUUAAUUUAGGAGUUUAAUUUAAACCCCUAAUUAAACAUGUGGUGGUGGGGGGGCACAGCAUCUUCUGUUUCCCCUGCUCCCUCCAAAUGGCAUAUUUCAUAAGGGUUUUAAACCCUGACAAAGCAUGCAGUUGUGUGGGGGGAGGGGAAUGGAGCACCCCCUUCUUCCCCUACCUCCAUCCUGACCUUGAGUUUAAUUGUGGUUUAAAAACAUUAGGUAAGGGCCCCAAAUUCAUUUGGGUCCAGUUGGCCCUUGGGUGGAUCAGGGUCUAUGUGAAGCAUCAGAUCAGGCCCUAGGUUGUGAGCGUCUAACUCAGGCAUAGGCAAACUCUUGCCCUCCAGAUGUUUGGGACUACAAUCCCCGUCAUCCCUGACCACUGGUCCUGUUAGCUAGGGAUGGUGGGAAUUGUAGUCCCAAACAUCUGGAGGGCCGGAGUUUGCCUAUGCCUGGGCGAACUGAAAUCUUACCCAUUUACUCUGCUACAACUAAUGGGCCAUCAGGAGUGCCCUCUUGGCCCUGCGACCGUGGGUGCCCAAGGCCAUGGGUGCCAUGUCCUGGUAGCAGAAUAUGUGGGUUCCUGGCCUCUUCAUGGGUGCUCAGGCACCCAGGGCCCCAGGGAGUUGCCACCUAUGUGGGCCAUACUGUCAUACCUUCCAACAUGUACCAGAGGCAAAUCGGGGCGUGUGUCUUUCGGGGCUGUGAUCUCGCAGGAGUCAGGUGACACAGCCCCCCAAAAUGGGAUGUCCCGAUUAAAUCAGGACAGUUGAGGGGUAUGUACUGUAUACCAGGAAAACAGAUUCUAUGGCCCUGCAGAUGUUGGUAAACUAUACCUCCAAUCAUCUUCGACCAUUUACCAUCUGGAGGGCCACAAACAUCUGGAGGGCCACAGGCUGAAUGCCAUGUAUUUGAAGGCCCAUCUGUGAUACUCAAUAUCUAAGAAGAAAAUAUAACACUCUUAGCAUUGUUGGGGUUGCUCUGAAAAACACAGUGUCUCCAGAGAAGCGGACACGGAGCAAUGGAUCCAAACUACAAGAAAGAAGAUUCCACCUAAACAUUAGGAAGAACUUCCUGACAGUAAGAGCUGUUCGACAGUGGAAUUUGCUGCCAAGGAGUGUGGUGGAGUCUCCUUCUUUGGAGGUCUUUAAGCAGAGGCUUGACAACCAUAUGUCAGGAGUGCUCUGAUGGUGUUUCCUGCUUGGCAGGGGGUUGGACUCGAUGGCCCUUGUGGUCUCUUCCAACUCUAUGAUUCUAUGAUUCUAUGAUUCUAUGAUUCUAUGGAUCUUGCUAAUGUCAAGGGACCGGCUCCAAAUUUGUGUCAAGUAUAUUCAAAUCUUUUUUUCCUCAUCUUUGGAAGCAUUUACACCCCCCUGAGAGAAAAAUAGGUUAAAGAGCUGAUUUAAGAUCAACAGAAGAAAGUUCAAACUAUGAUUUGGUAGCUGUUUAAACUGCUUUACAGGGAGAAUUCGCACUAGAAGUGGAGCAAGACUCUUCCAAAGAGCAGAAUGUAGCAAAAGACAAGGAUAUGAUGGCUGUGUUUAGACAAUCAUGUCUUGGCUUAGAGAGCUGGGGUAUAAGUGAGCCUUUUGGCUGUGCAUGCAGCCCCUUUACCUCUUUCCUUCAUGCAAACCAAGAAGUCUUCAGUUAAAUGUAGUGUCCCAUUUCAUCCAAACCAUGGAACCAUAGAACAAUGGUUAACAGCUUCGGAACAAGCCGGAAUAUUAAGUCAUGGCCACAGUUCUUUAAACUCUGAAGUAUUUAAUAUGUCAAUACAUGAUCCUCUGAACAUGGCCUUUAAGUCCCUUUGAUUUCAGUGGGAGAAACAUGCUCAAAUUCCUUCAGUUGAAAUUACAGGGUCUCGUGUGCUUAACUUUGGGUACGUCAUGCCUAUAAUUUAGCUAUUGAGGGCACCUCGGGGAACCAUACCACCAAAAUUGUUCUCAUUGCCUUACAGCUCCCUUAUCUGUCUUGAAGCAAAGCAAAAUGACCCUCAAAGGACAAUCACUUAAACUGUUUUCAGGUUCUCGGCGUACUAAUUCUUAGUUGAAUGUGCUGUUCUGCAGAUCUCUAUGACGGGCUGUUUAAGAUAAAAAUAUUUGAAUUCCUUUUGCAGCACAAUCCUAUGUACUCAGAAGUAGGUCCCAAUAAGGAAGCUGGAACUUACCGCCAGGUCAGUGGGUAUAAAAUUGUAAUCUAAAGUGUCUAAAGAGGGGAAGAAACGUGGCACAACAAAUACAGGGGAGGGUGUUGUGAACUGGGCAUGUGGAGUCACAAACAUGGCUACUAAGCAAUCACAUGUCUGGUUCACAAUGUGCUGAACUCUCAGUGAGUCCACUCAACUCAUGUUCUCAACAUGCCAAUUAACUUAUUUACAUUGGGUAAACAGGAUGAUUAAUCUAAUUUAGGUGAAGCAAAGGAAACUAUCGUAUACUGAAUCAAGCAACUGGCUCCAUCUGGGCAUCUUUGUGUAGGGAGAUGGCACCAAAAUGUCCCACUCCACCAAGCCCCCAAAUUGCAAUGAACCACCACUGGAAGUCCUCAGCCAUCCCCAUGGCCUGGCUUCAGAGCCCCUUAUGCUCCCAUUUUAUGAGCACAAUGGGGAGGAAGGGGAACCUACACAACAUGGCACCCACACAACUGCUUGGCAGGAUGGCUGCAGAGAACACACAGUCCUUCUAGGAUGAGGGUUCAGGACAACCCGAGGAAGGGGAAAGACUCUUCUGCCCAGCAGCCCAGGGCAUGCAGCAAGGGAAACAAAAAAACACAUUGGCAGCAGCAGCCUCCAGUGGCUUGCUGACUUUGCCAUUAUGGUGCCCUGCAGAUGCUUUGGACUACAAUUCCCAUCAGCCUUAUCCAGCAUGGCCAAAGGGAGUUGUAGUCCAAAAUGUCUGAAAGAUACUAGAUUGGUGAAGGCUGGCACAGGCUGGGAAGCAGGAGUGUUCCACUGUCAAUGGGGGCAUGGCCUUGAAGGGGCACAGGAUAUAGCAUAAGUAUGCCCCUCCCCUGUACCAUCCAUAAAACGCCCAAAACUGUGCUGAGUCAAUAUGCCAGUGAGGUGUUGAAACGGUGUCUUGUGUGUGUGUGUGUGUGUGUGUGUGUGUGUGAUAACAGCAUUUGUCUCGUGCUCCACAGGCACGGCAGGGCUUCCAUCAAACCCUACAGCCCCUCAGCCAGUGGAAAGCAUUCUGCCCUAAGUCUCCCAGCUUUGAUAGUUCCCAAUCUUAUCCUUUUUGUCUCAUUUCGUCUUUUGUUUUGCUCCAUAAACCUGGCACAUUCUGCCAGUGAAAGACUGCCAGUUGUAGUCAUCCUUGGGGCUUUCGUUUCUGAAUCCUUGCUAUUGCGCAAAACCUUCAUAAAAUAACACCGAUUUCUCUUUCUCUGCUCCCUGCCUGAUUAAUACUACAGAGCAACCUUCUCUGUCCUCUGCCCACCCCAGAGCUUGCAGAUCCAAAUUAUUUGUGGUUAAUCUGAGUUUAGAUAUAGGAGGGAUGUAGUUUACAUUUGCCAGAAUUAACAUGGGGUCACAGGGGGGGAAUUUAGUGAAUUCAGAUAAUUAAGGAGGGAUAAUUGACAAUCCGAGAACAGAGUUCUGUUGUAUCACAUUUCUUCCCACUUUCGUACUUUUGAGGAGGUGACUGAAUCUCCUUUUGUGCAAAUGUUGCUAACUCUAAAUUGCCUGAAACAUCUGUGGGUCGUUUGAAUAAAAAUAAGACGCUGUCUCAUGCUGACUGAUUUUUGUGACUGAUUUUGUACGCACACACUUCUCUUUGAUCCAGGUUGUGCCCAAGUGGAAUCAAGACAACUCCUAUGAAAACAUCUUCCUAAGAUAUGCUAAUCAGGUACGUUGAAUGGGGAAGGAAAAAAAUUGUCUGCAUCAACAUGGCAUGUAGAAUUGGGAAAUAAAAGUCUCCCGUCUUGCUCUUUAUUCAGCUUUAGCAAAUGCAGAUCUCAGGUGGGUUUCUCAAAACUCUAUUGAUUUGCCAGCUGCUGUAACAAAUAGGGCAAGGAACCCAGCUAAAACAUAAUAGAUGGCUGAGGGCUGAUUGCUUGAGGGGAGAAAGGUGUUCCUUAAACAAGCAAUUAGCAGUAACCCUUGGCUACAAAUAUAUGUGGGUAUGUAUAUCAUAUUUUACUGUGAUCAGAAUUACUUCCAGUUUGCACUUGCUGCGUUUGGAAAGCAGACAUCAGUCAAUGUUUGGGUAAUUGAUUCCCAUUCUUUCUGAGCUGAGCUGCAUGUGUUCACAGGAGAUGCUCUUAAUGGCUUAAUAAACUGUUAUAAAGGACUCCUUGACUUAGUCAAGAGAAAAAUUUGCUGCCAAAAGCCUCUGCACAAUAGACCUCUCACAGCUAAUAGUUAUAUCAAUGCAUAAAAGGUGAAAAUGACACUGCCUGCUGCGAAUAAUGCGCAAGGUUUGUCUCCGGGAGCAGCGAGGGCAAUGAAGGAAGUUUCUCCAUGGUUCGUGAGUCAAGCAACUCCAAGCUGCAGGGGCAAUAGGCCAAAUUCUCAGCUCUUUUUACGCCAUGGUGUUAUGGCAGCGUUGCAAAGGCACAACUCCAUGCGAUCUCGUCUACGGAUACCAAAAGAACAGUGCAAAGCAUUAUAUUUUCUUAGAACAGGGAUGGAGAACCUGUGGCCUCUCAUAGCUUGUAUUGAUCUCUCAGUGUCCCAGUAUGGCCAAUAUUAUUUACUUUGUAUUAUUUAUUAGAUUUCUAUACCGUCCUUUGUCGAAAGAUCUCAGGGCAGUCCACAAGAUAAAUAGGCAAUACGCAAAUGGGCGUUGUAGUCCAAUGAACAUCUUGAUCUCCACAAUCCCAGAAGCUGCCUGCAGCUAGUGCAAAAUGUGACAGCUUAAUUGUUCUCUUUGGGCUGGUAUAUUACCAUCGUAUUACGGCACUUCUGAAAAGAAUUUCACUGGCAUCCCAUUAGUUACUGGACUAGGUUCAGGUUGCUGGUAUUGGUGUACAAAGCCCUAUACAGCUUAGGGUUAGGACACCUAAAAGAUUGCUUCAUUCCCUACAUUCUGCAAGGGAGUACAUCCUGCAGAGACCAUCCUACACAAUACUGGAAUCAGUCCCUUAGUGUGCUGGCAACCCACCCUUUGGAACUCUUUCCUGUUGUAUAUCAGACAGGCAAGUGCUUUCUCUCUUGUCUUUGGGGCACUUGCCAUUUCUCUUUCAACAAACCUGAAACAUUGAAAAUAUUUGGUAUCUGUCUUGGAUUUGAAUCAAUUUUGUGUCUGUUGUUUAAAAUAGUUUUUUUUAAAAAUGCAACUGUUUUAAAUAGGUUGUUCUAUUGUAACUUGCUUUCAUGGGAUGCCUCCUGGGAAGUCAUUCAUAAAUGAAAUAAAUAAUAAGAAUACUUCCCACCUCCACCCCACUCCCCAAAUCUCAGAAGCUGCUGGGAAUUAUCUAAGAAUAAAAAUUAAAGCAGAAUCAAGCCAUUUUUGGUAGAGGUAAUGUAAGUGCUCAACAGCCUUGGGAAUGAAGAAUCACUAUCAAGAAUGGGUCAGGUUGCCCAGAAAAACCUCUCAGUUCUAUAUCUAUGAAGAAACAGUUUGUUGUUGUUGUUUUAAAAAAUAUACAACUUUUGUAGCAUUUGUAAGCCCUUCUCAUAUGUUCUUUAUUAGGCCUCCUACUUGGAUGCCUCACAGCUGCAAGGAAUUCUGAAUGAAAUAGUCCAGAAAGGUAAAGUUCAUUGCUGGUAGCCAACUAAUUUCUUCAAGUUCUUUUUUCUUCUGUCUUGUAUCCUGAACAGUUGCUAAAACACACACAAAGAGGGACAUAUUUUGAAUGUGCGGGAAUGUGAAUGUGCAUAUUUUGAAGUCGCAUUCAAAUCGUUGCAUUCAGGCAUUAGUUUGUAAUUGGGUUAAAAACUGUGGUGUCGAAUGUGCAUAGUGUAGGAUAACUUGCAAACAUUCUCUGUUUGGAGGGAGAAGGAGGCCUUUGGAGAGGCAGUAGUCCAAACACACUUGUUCUUCAGUCAACCUUUUCUUUUUCUUUUUUACACACAGGAAUAACCAUAGACACAUAAUUUUCUUAACAAAUGAUAAAACAUAAAUUGGUCUUAACACUAAAGACCCAACCUCCCGUCUAUUCCAUAUUUCAAUUUCACAUUACUUAUUGCCAAUACACACUUUUAUCAUAAUUAAACUUUUUCUUAGUAUAUCUUAAUUCUUAUAUAUUCCUUGCAACUAUUACUGAAGUUCCUCAAAUGCUGCAACAGAGUUUAAAUCAACCUUAAAUACUCCAAGGCCCAGUCCUUUUCCAAUUGCCCCUCUGGUAUAUUUUGCAAAAUGUGACUUGUGAAACAGCAUGCAGUAGUGGCACUUUGACUCCAAAUUCCACGGGUUACAAGUGGACCGUUUCAUGCCUGCCUCCUCCCCUAACCUCCUUAUUCUUUGUCCCUGUUGCUUUCUGAUUUAUCCGUUUAUAGAUCUAAUGGCCAGUCGGGGAAGCGGAGAUGGAUUCAGCUUCGAUUCAUGCAGGAGCCUUUUAGCUCUGAUGGAUGUAUCUUUUCAACAAAUGCAAUAAACCUUCCUUACGCUGCCCUUCCCUGCUUUGAGUUAUGGCUGUGCUUCCCACUGCAGGAGCCCCGCAAGUAAAUAUUUGCCAUGAGAUCUGCCCACUGCAUAUGCAGGGAAUCUAUAAGUGGCCAAACUCUUCUCCCUAAGGUCCCCUUUUUGAUUAAAUGUCAGGUAGGAAAGACAAGAUCAAAACAACUCUCUUCUGAAACACCUGAAAUGUUGCCUACUUCUGUAAAUCACUUCCUAUCAGAACCUAGAUACAGUCCAAUCUUCCAUCCAAGAAGACUUUAUGUUGCGUAGAAAAGCCUAACUAUCUGACUACAUUUCAUGCCCAGACUUGUUCCGAUGUCUAGGAGAAAGGGAAGGCAAAUGUGAUAGAAUUUAUGCUCACGCCAAAGAUCCCUUUUGUUCUACAUUUCCAAUGUUGUCUUGUUAACAGUAAAAUCACUGUGUGAACUAUCUAAAUAGAAGACGCAGGUAACACAGGAUGAAUAAUAGUUCACCGGAUGGUCAAUAGCACCACAACCAUCCCCUGAAAAACCAAACAAAAAACUGUGAAGUGUGUGUCUCUUUUACAUUUGCCUGACUUUGAGUAAGUUGCCUAUUAGAACUGGUCACCAUAGCUGCCUUUGGGGACGAGGAGUAUGCAAUAAAGCACAUUGUUAAUCUAGUGUGGGCUCUCACAGCCAAAGUACCAGUUCAAAUAUCGGGUAAGACAGCCCUUUCCAGACUGUUGCACUUUUACGUAUGAAUCAGAAGAAGGGAACUUGCAUACUUGAACAUUCUCCCUUGUUAAAAAAAGCAACAACCUGCAAAUGGAAAGCAAACAUGCCAGACAGAAUUUAACCCAGUCUUUUCCUGAUGUGCUAGAUUUCUGAGUGCAGUGAGGAGUUCAUCAUACUUUUGGUGUGCAUUUCUUCUAAUAAGCACAUUUUCCCCAUAUUUGCCUAAUAUAUUGCAAUUUUGUAUAUGUAUUUUUGUAUACAUUUUUCGGCUGGAGAACUGCAUUGCAAAAUUUGGACAGAUGUGCAUUCCAAAGGAAGGGCAAAAUUCAAUUCACAUAUUGUUUUGAGAAGUGCUAAUUAGAUACUUUUGCAUUAACAAACAGAACCAAAUUUCUCCUCCAUCCCUUGGCAAUGAUGGAAGUCUUUACUGUGGAACCUGAGAGGGGUUUUGGGGGAGAGAAAUCCAAAUAAUCAAGGGACCGUGCCCUUUUUGUGUUUCUAAAUUUGUGGUUUUCAAUUUCCCAUUUCUAUCUCUUGGGCUAUGACAAGGCCCAAAGGGCAUUAUUGCAGUGUUUGAAAGAUGUUCUGUUCCAAAGUAAUUGCGACAAUUAUUUAUUUCUGUAAAUUGUUUUUAAUAUUCCACUAUCUUUCAUGUCCAGGUCCCUUAAUAUUUUGAACACUUGAUGCAUAGAGAACUAAAGAUUGCCUUUAAACAAACUUGUUUGAAUCUGCCUCCCCUGAUAGACCAGACUUGGAAUGCUAAGGUCUGUUUAUGUAUUUAAUUAGCAAUGGAAGAUCUUACACAUUUUUUAAUGGCGUGUGAAAUAUAUAUGGAGAUACAAGCUAAAUAUAUGUUCCCGUUAUUGUUAAAAUUUAGAAGGAGAUUCAACCAUAGUAAAUGAAUGUAUUUACUGUCUAAGCAAAGCAGGUGUUUCACAUUCAGGAAACAAAAUUUAUUGUAGCAACUUUUUAAAAAAAAAAUUGCUUGUGCUAGAUUUUGUCAGCAAAAACAAUACAGCAUCUUGUGGCACCUUAAAGACUAACAAACGUAAUCUGGUAUAAGCUUUUGUGGAACACAUUCUACCACAUCAGUUCCAUGAAGUUUUAUCCUGAGUUAUAGGGGAGUAUACAUGAUUUGAGGGAUUGCAAAAGGUGAAUCCAGAAUAGUCUCUGUGCAAAAUAAUAGACAAAAGAACUGGCACCAUCUUACUUCAGAAAUGACAAUAUUCCAAAGCAAAUCGGGGAACAAAGGCUUCUACAAUAUUUUUUAAGUGACUUUAAAGUGGCCAUUCUGAAGCAAAGGAACCUCAAACUUCAAAUGAAAUCAUCAUGCGAAUUACAAUGAAUCAUAUAUGUGAAUUGGCUUACCAAUGCCAGGAUACCUGUGUCAUCAAAAACGGUUUUGUGAACUACCACAAAAUUUAGGUACAGUGGUACCUCAGUUUAAGAACAGUUCUGUUUACAAAUGAGUUAUUUUAUGAAUUCGGCAAAACCAGAAGUAGUAUCCCUUGGUCUAAGAACAGAAUCCGAAAGGUGGAAGGGCGCCGGUGGCGAGAGGUCUCAUUAAGGAAAGUGUGCCUUGGUUUAAGAACGGUUUUGUUUUAAGAAUGGACUUCAGGAACGGAUUAAGUUUGUAAACCGAGGUACCAUUGUACUUUUCUGCAUUUAUUUUCCCUCUAACCUCAAUCUUUACACCUUGCAAAGAACAAAACAUUAGGGUAUAUACCUAUAACUCAGGAUAGCACUUUAUACAUCGGAUGAAGUGGGACUGUAGUUUCUUAGUCUUUGCAGGUUUUGAAAUUUAAUGGAUUUUAGUCAUGAAGUACUUGUGACAUUUCUCAGCAGCCUGCAAAUGCAAAUUGAGAAUGCCAAACAGGUUCUAAUACUGCUUUUUCCUGAUGUGUCCUAUGUCUGUGUGCGGGGAGGAUUUCUCAUUUUUUAAUAUAGGAAACUCUCAAAUAUGCCACCAUCACCCCACCUGUCAUCUGAUUUGGGACGAUUCCGAAAGUGCACUACAGCACCAUAUUUCUGCUCAAUCCAGGCAAGACGUAAAGCUUAGAGAGGCAAAUCAUAAUGUUUUGAUUGUUUCCCCACUCUGGGCUACCAGCCAGUGCGCAAGUUGAUCUGUUAAUAUGCAACACAAUCAAAAUGUAUUUAAAACUUGACCACAUCUACAGGCCAGUAAUAAUGGAAGACUCACGUUGCAAGAGUUUGAAAAGCUUUGGCGAAAUCUCUAUAAGUAUAAGGUAUGACUGAACUGUAUGAAUCCAAACUCUCAGCUGCUUCCCUGUUCUUCUUUGGCCUUUUCCUGUUUUCUUCCUUUUCGUACUUUUUAAAUAGUUAAUGAUCUCAUUUUCCUGAGAAGAGAGAUUUUCACCCUAUAAUAGCGUGAAACCCUCACUGCACUGUGCCACGCUGUUCUAAAUGGAUUUAUAAACAAUUUUUGUAGUUCUGACCUUAUCAAACUUUACAUACAACUGAGUUGCCUCUAGUACUGAGCUUCACUUAUGCCCAAACCACUUAUGUUCUGUUGGGUUUCUUUUAUUUUUUUAAAUGCCCAAAUCACUAUGUGUAAUAUACAAAAUUAUAUUAUAAAACAACAACACAUAUUUAUAAAAGAGCCAAGGUCCAUGUUGUACUAUAUUUGUGCAACAUAGUUUUAUAUUAGUAUAUAUGAGCAUUUUGUAUGUAUCGGUUUAUGCGCUGGUUACUCUUGUGAACUUUGUAUAUGCAUAUAGAAUCUGUGUAUAAUGCAUUGUUGUUGUUUAGUUGUUUAGUCGUGUCAGACUCUUCGUGAUCCCAUGGACCAGAGCACGCCAGGCACUUCUGUCUUCCACUGCCUCCCGCAGUUUAGUCAAACUCAUGCUGGUAGCUUCGAGAACACUGUCCAGCCAUCUUGUCCUUGUCGUCCUCUUCUCCUUGUGCCCUCCAUCUUUCCCAGCAUCAGGGUCUUUUCCAGGGAGUCCUCUCUUCUCAUGAGGUGGCCAAAGUAUUGGAGCCUCAGCUUCAGGAUUUGUCCUUCCAGUGAGCACUCAGGGCUGCUUUCUUUCAGAAUGGAUAGGUUUGAUCUUCUUGCAGUCCAUGGGACUCUCAGGAGUCCCCUCCAGCACCAUAAUUAAAAAGCAUCAAUUCUUCAGCAAUCAGCCUUCUUUAUGGUCCAGCUCUCACUUCCAUACAUCACUACUGUGAAAUGUAUAAUGCAUACAUGUGUAAUAUUAUACAUAAGAUAUUUUGUGUAAUAAUGGAUAUAAUAUGUGAGACUUUCUCAUAGCUUUAACUGAAGAGGGGCAGGCAGAAACUCACAUCUGAUAAGGAUUAAGAAAUGAGAUGGGAAUUGGGGGGGGACCCUAUGUGUAUAAACUCAACAUCAAGAUUUUCAGAAAAUUUCAUCCCUAGCUAUGAUAAUUCAUAUGCCAGUGACUGAAUCGAUAUGCUAGCCAUGUCCUAAAAUAUUAUCUUGGGUUUAAAUAUUUUCCAGGACAUUUUUGAAAGAGAAGAUGAAAAUAAUUCUGGAUUCCUAUAUAUUUCCAAUUUGAGAAGAGUAACAGAGCAAGAAGGUAUGCUGACAAACUCUGAAUGUAUUUUCAGUUAAGGCCAAUUUAAGUUUUGAAAUCUGAUACAUCUUUGUGGAAACGUUUCCAAAACAGAAAUAUAGCAAGUGAAGCUUUUCUCCUGAUAUGGAGAUUAGGAAUGGAAAAAGUUGCACCUACUAAAUUGGGGUGUGUGUGUCAGGUUGCCGUGACAGGUGUAGUUCAUUUAUUUAUUUUUUAAAAAAUAGCAAACAAACCCUGGUCACAAGCCCUGGAAGAGACAAGAAUGGGGAAGAUAGGCUAGAGACCUUACUAUCACGAAUUCCAAUUCUGGCGCCUUCUGCAGAAUGUUGAAGAUUGUUUCUUUCAUGAAGUCAGAAUCCAUUGAGUUCGCAAUGACAUCUGCUGAACAAUCCUGGAAUUGCAACCAAGCCUCCAACCUUAACCCUUAGCUUCCCCAGUUCCUGAUGUUUUGCAGCAGAGUCCUUUGGUGGGUAGAUUUAUAUAUGCCAGGGUUAUCAGACAUCCCCGUUUCCUGGGGACAGUCCCCGGAUUUGCGAAUAAGGCCCCGGACAAAUUCCAUCCCCGGAACGUCCCCAGAUUUCAUCUAAUGUCCCCAGAGCUGUUGGCUCUGGCUGGCUUCAGGAGCUGCUUGGAAGUCCCCAUAUGAUGGUGGUGCAGGGGCCCUAAGAUGCAGCUUCCGGGCUCCCUCCACCCUCCCUGACCCCAGCAACUAAGCUGUGAAGGGAGGCUUCACGCUGCCUAUCAGAGCUUGCGUGCAAGCAGAAGGGGGCAGGGAUCUCUCAGUUAGGCAACAGGAAGCCUCCCUUCCCAGCUGAGGGAUCCCCGCCCCCUCCUGCUUGCACGCAAGUAGGAAUGGGAUUGGGGCUGCUCCGAUGGGAAGGGAGGCAUUGUGCUGCCUGAGAGAUCCCUGUCCCCUCCUGCUUGCACGCAAGUAGCAGUUGGGAUGGGGCUGCUCCAAAAGGCAGUGUGAAGCCUCGCUUCCCAGCUGAGGGAUCCCGGCCCUCUCCUGCUUGCACACAAGUAGGAAUGGGAUUGGGGCUGCUGCGAUGAGAAGGGAGGAAUCGCGCUGCCCAAGCCUCACCACCGCUGCUGCUCUCGGCCCUCCUUCUCCGCCUUCCAUGCCUGACCCACAGGUCACCGCUUCACCACCACCACCAAAGAACCAACAACUCAGGGGCUGCCCAGGCUCAUGGAGAAAGAAGCCUCGGAGGAAGAGGGAACGUGGCAGUUGAGGUCAAGGCGGCGGCCGCCCCUCUGCCACCGCCAUCACUGCAGCAUCAACGUCCCGAACAUAGUACAGUGGUACCUCGGGUUAAGUGCUUAAUUCGUUCUGGAGGUCCGUUCUUAACCUGAAACUGUCCUUAACCUGAAGCACCACUUUAGCUAAUGGGGCCUCCUGCUGCCGCUGCACCACUGGAGCACGAUUUCUGUUCUCAUCCUGAAGCAAAGUUCUUAACCCGAGGUACUAUUUCUGGGUUAGCAGAGUCUGUAACCUGAAGCGUAUGUAACCUGAAGCAUAUGUAACCCGAGGUACAGUGCUUCAGGUUAAUUAAUUAAUUAAAGUGCCCCCAGAUUCAUUGAAAAAAAUCUGGUAACCUUGAUAUAUGCAAUCCAUCACACAGAGGAUGCUACGAUCCAAUAACACUGCCUUAGUGACGAGCAUUUAGAUUUUUAGAUAGCUGCUUAAGCUGCAUUAUGCCUUUAACAUGUUAAUUCUUUUUCCCCUCCCCUGGGUGGGGAGUGAAAAAGAAAGUGUGAUCAAAUGACAGACGCAAACUUAAGUGAGAUUGCUCAGAAGGAGAAAGAGGAGAGGAGAGGAGAGGAGAGGGGGAGUUAGGUGGCCUCUAGAGACUGUUAUGAUUCCUGGUGUGCAAUUGGAGUGGGGGCAGAUGCUCUCAAUGCCGCUAUCUGGAAUUUAUCACUAAUGUGCCGCAUAAAGGAAGGUGCGAGGAAGGUAUGGUGAUAAUAAAGGCAAUAAAGUGUAACACAGGGAGGAAAAUUGCAUGCUGUGCAGUCCUUGAAGGCAAACAGCAAACAGUACAGGCACUGAACAGAAGAAAGGGAGGCGUGUGUGUCUUUGUAAGUAGUAUGAAUAUAAAUAUGGCAAAGUCAGCUUCUUUUGCCCCAAGAGCAGAAUCUGGGGGAAAGCAUAGCCCUCUUUAAGAUGUGCUGCUUCUUCCUGCACUUUACAAGUCAGUAGAUUCUAGGUUCCUUUGAAGAGGUUCCUUCGACCCUAUAAAUCCUGCAUCUAAUUACUGAUAUGCCGAAGUCAAAUGAAUUGCAAACAUUUGUUUCCGGGCCCAGGAUUAUGUCAUUCAUUUCUCUCUCUUCCUCUUUGCCUUCUAAGCAGACAGGAGAGAAAAUACUAAGCAGCAGUUUAGCACCCCAGGGAUUCCUGUUGCCAUUGUGAGCCCUCCUAAGGUCCUGUUCCUUCAGCCAGGGACCCACUUGACUGCCCCUUGCCAUGAGUUUAGUGUUUGAGUUGCCUAAGGCUGCAUCCUAUUCCUGGUUACCUGGAAAUCAAUGAGGCAGAGAAGACAUUCCUGCAAGUGUGCUGUAAAGCUGUGACUCUUGUUCACCCACACAAUGCUCUUUCCAGAUUCUGGGCUCUUAUAUAAACUUUUUUCUUAUAUAUAUAAAGGAAGUGGCCCUGAUUGGAAUGUUUGAGGAAGUCGACAACACUCCAUUCUCUGCAGUUGGUGAACAUUACUGGACAAUGUUUCCUUUUUAAAUAUAUUAUCAUCUCUUCCUUUGCCUUCUCCUGUUGCUGUUUGCAGGUCUGUUCAUCAAUGACACAACCCUCCAGCUGAUGACCGUGCGAUAUGGUGACUCCUUGAUGAGGAUAAACUUUCCUGAUUUUGUGUGCUGCAUGGUUCGUCUUAAGACCAUGGCAAGUAAGUUACACACAAUGGAUGUUCGUAAAAACAUUUCCUUAGUUGCUAAUACGUUUUAAGGAUUUUCACUUCAUGCAGUAGUUUGGCAUCCAUUGUUGGAGAGGUGGCUCACUGACUGAAUGUUCUGAGGAUCAGAAAGUGCACUUUGGCCUAUAGGCUUCCACCAUCUCUGACCAUCAGUCAUGCUGCCUGGGGCUGAGGGCAGGUGGAGUCCAAAAAUAAUUGGAAUGUAGAUUUAAACAGAGCAAUGACACAAAAUAUUAUUGUUGUAAAAUAGAGCAUAAUUCAAGCAUUUGAAUACUCCAUCCAAUCCAACUCCAUUCCCUAAAACAUGUUGUGAAGUAUAAGCUCUUAUUAUUUGUGUGAAUGUGUGUGUGUUUUGAGGAACUGCCUCAUGGUUUGCCUGCUUGCCUGCCUGCAAUGGAUAGGCAAAGCACCUGAAUGUCUGACUUCAAAUCAGCUAUUUCUAUUAUUUUAUUUUAUUUAUUUAUUUUUAAAGUAGGAAUAAAUCCAAGGAUGGAAACAUCCAACGCAGAGAGUGACCUUCACACAUUUGUUUUCUGGCUUUGACCCAGCUCUAGGCAUGCAUAAACAAUAUGCUAAGUGUGACAUUUGUGUAAGGAUGUUGAUGAGAUGUGCAUUUGAUUGCACAUCCAGUUCAAAGGGACACAGCACAAAUGCUUUAUGGCUGUCACUUGAAUGCACAUCUGAAACGCGUAUCUGUCAUAUGCCAACAAUUUCAAACAAAGGAAGUAUCAUGUAUGCCUUCUUAUACACCUGGAGCUUCUUAGCUGGUUUGCAAUUACCAAACACAAAACUUUCCUUUCCUUCCUUCAAAAGUGGACUCUUCCAAUAAAGAGGCAAAAUAAGGGGAGAUGGUGACAUGAAGACAUAUGAAAGCUGCACGGAGACCUAUAUUAAAAGGUUCUCUUUGUCUGAAGUGUGAGGUUGGAAGGUGCCUAGGGAAACUCACAUGGACAAUUUUCAUAUGCUAAAGAAACAAGCCACUGUCUGGAAAGCGGCUUGUGUCUCUGGAAAGGGAAUAUGCAGGAGCAAAGCGAAUGCUCAAGCUGUGUGAGUGAUCUUUGCCGUUGACUGGAUUUUACCAGAUACCUCUGGAAAUCCAAUGAGAAAAAUCUCCAAGCUUUAUUGGCAGAAACAUUAAAAAAUAAGAAAUCAAACUGCAGGACACUGUUCAUUUUCUCUUUUUUUCUUUUAAAAAGUUUUAUUAAAACUUUUCACAUUGCAAUUAACCCCCCCCCCCCAAAUCUAAGCAAAAAGCAGUAGAAAAGAGAAAAGAAGAAAAAGAAAAGUGCUAGAAGAGUACAGGGUCCUCUCUCACAGAUAUAGCCUAACUUUUAUCCCAUACAGAGAAAGAUGCACCCUCUAAUCACUCACCUGGGAACAUUUGCCUGUUCCCUCAGCCUCUCACCCUGGGAGAUUUCCCCUUCCCUGCCAGGACACAGGACAUUUCCAAGAUAGAAGAUGCUAAAAUUUAAUACAAUCCCAACUUAAAUUAUACACGUUUGAUAAAAGCAUCUUGCAGUGUCAGUGGAGGAAUAAAACAUAACAAUUCAAAGUGUUUAAAGCUUUAAAGCCCGAAAUGGCCUCGGUCCAGUAUACCUGAAGGAGCGUCUCCACCUCCAUCGUUCUGCCUGGACACUGAAGUCCAGCGCCGAGGGCCUUCUGGCGGUUCCUUCACUGCGAGAAGCCAAGUUACAGGGAACCAGGCAGAGGGCCUUCUGGGUAGUGGCACCCACCCUGUGGAAUGCCCUCCCACCAGAUGUCAAAGAGAAAAAUAACGUACCAAACUUUUAGAAGACAUCUAAAGGCAGCCCUGUUUAGGGAAGCUUUUAAUGUUUAAUAGGUUAUUGUAUUUUAGUGUUUCAUUGGAAGCCGCCCAGAGUGGCUGGGGAAACCCAGCCAGAUGGGCGGGGUAUAAAUAAUAAAUUAUUAUUAUUAUUAUUAUUAUUAUUAUUAUUAUUAUUAUUACUUCUUUAAAAGUUAUUGGAAGAAAAAUCAAAAUUCCAAGAAUAAGAACCUGUGGGGGGUUGGGGGUGGGGGAAAUCCACCAAUAAUCUUUCUAUUUUUAUUUUACUGAAAGUUUAAAAACAUAUUAUGCAUUUCUUCAAACACUUGAAAGCGCUGCCAGUGGGAUUUACUCAGGAGAUGAUUACUGAUAAAUGGAAAUAAAGGGCAGCACAUCGAUAAUACGAAUUGAGGACAGAUAGUUAAAUAAAUAAAGAGGCUCGUUAGACCAUUACUCAUGGUCCCUGGAAAUCCACCGUAAUAACAACUAAAUCAAAUGCAUCUCCCCCUUUAUAACUUGCUGUAAAAUGGAGGUGGAGAUUAAAUCGCAGUUAAGACCAUAACAUUAAUGUACCGUUUUACUCUGAGAAUACUAGGUCUCCUAAGCCUGCAGUUUAGCUAGAGGCAGGAAAAGGAUGCUUACUAUAUUACUGCAACGGCUGAAUAUCCCUUUUUGAGUCCAUCUUCCGUAUCGCCUUCUAGCUCACUAUGACUAGUAGAAAGCCACAAACAAGGCCAGCUGCUCCUUUUUCUACGCUCCCCACCCCCUUUCUCACAAAGGAUGUUGCAAGCAGAAUUUAUUUCUGCAGUGUGCAUAAGUGGACAUUACUUUACACAAAACGCUAGCAAAAAGAGCAUGUGGCAUUCAUACAGAGCAGUCUUUUGUUUUUGUUUUUUUUGAGAUACUGGGUACUUUGCACAACACACGCAGUUGUGUUGACACAGUGGCCCGGUUCAGACAUCGGUUUAAACGAUGAUUUAUUGAAACGAAAUCAAAAUCAAGCCAUGGUUUCGGAUCCUAGCUUUCUUCAAUAAGCCAUAAUUUAAACUAAUGACACAUUCUGGUUUGGACAUAACAUCAAACUCUGCUUUUUAAAAAAACAACAGGUGAAUGUUUCCAUUCUCCUCCUCGUGGAUGAACUUGAGAAAAGCGGAGGGGACACACACAAGCCCAAUGCUGGUAUGAAUCCCAGUUCUGGGUAGUGAGAGUGCUGGUGCACUCUGGGUCCUGAUAGUAGGUUUCUCAUAGGCUUCUGGCUGCCACUGAGGGAGCAAAAUGCUGGACUAGAUGUGCGAUUCAGUAGGCUCUUCUUAUGCUUUCAUGGCUUGCCAAGACUCAUUUGCCACUAAACUAUGAUUUAGCAUCAUGCAUGAACUUGGCCAAUGUCUCUGAGAAACAGCUGUCCUCUUAGGCGGUUUCUGUUCAUUUCGGUGGCGCUUGAACACACCUGUGGCUCCAUUAGGGUCGGAGUCCAGGGCCCAACUCCAGGGCCCUACAGCCAGCCGCUCCCCCUCUCCCCACAAAAAGCAAGUACCUGAAGAGACAGAUGGUGGAGGCAGGCAUGAUGGGAGCCUUCAUAGCACAGCGGGCCCACCUAAAUGAGAAAGAGAGAAAGAAUGUCUGAGAAAGACAGGGCUGGAUUAACCAUUAAGCAAAAUAAGCACAUAAACCAUAUGGUGCAGCUGAAAAAAAGGCUCCCACAAUAACAGACUCUCCAAGUGUCCCUAUUUUCCAGAGACAGUCCCGGUUUUACAGAAGCCGUCCCAGUUUCUGAUUUGAUCCCAGAAUGUCCCGCUUUUCCUUAGGACAUCCCUGUUUUCAUCAGAGACAUGUUGGAGGGUAUGGAAGUUAUGCAACCGCAUAGCCAAGGAGAUAAGUAAUUAUACAACCUUUAGAAGACAUCUGAAGGCAGCCCUAGAUAGGGAAGUUUUUCAAAUGUUUUAUUAUGGUUUUAUAUAUGCUAGAAGCCACCACUUCCCCCCCUAUAGUUUUACAAACUAUUCUAUUUUCUUGCAAGUUGAAGCUUUGUUUUGUUCUCUCUAGAGGCAUUUCGCAAUUUAUCUGCAGAUGGGAAAGGAAUCUAUUUCACUGAAGAUCAGGCAAGUGGUGCUUAAUUCCAUUUCCCUCUUUUCCGUUAUUGUUCGUAGUAGCUUGUUUUUAUCCUUGGAAACCAAAUGCCUUUCCUUCUCAAAUGAGAUUGAAACAGGUUUAUUUAAAAAAAAAGGAGGGGGGAGAGAACACGAAACACAAAACCUAAACUGGAAUAGGCAUUCAUAGCAGAUUUUGAAUGCAUAUUUCAUUGUGUCUUGAGGUAUGGAUUCACAUUUCAGGAUUUGCCAAUUUAGCAAGAACUAUUCAUAUCAGCAAGUCCAUUAAAUGAAGGCAAAAGGGGGCUUAGCAACAGAUUUUUAUUCUCUCUUCGGUACUUAAUACUUCAGAAUUGAGGUUUUUCAAAUGCAGAACAUGAUGCUUUGAUGAGGUUGCUCAAGAGUGGAAUUCUCACUCCAAAGUAUCUCCAGUAAUACCUCUAGAGAUCUCUGUACGUUUAUACUUUAAGGAACAAAUGAGAGAGAUUUAAUGUAUUUUUAAUCUCUGUUGGAAGCCACCCAGAGUGGCUGGGGAAACCCAGCCAGAUGGGCUGGGUACAAAUAAUAAAAUAAUAAAAGAAGUAGAAGUAAAAGUAGAAGUAAGAUUUAAAAUAAAUUUUAAAAAUCACCAUAUCUGGUUAAUUCAGCAUUGAGGAAGAAAAUUGCAUUUUCAGUGCGAAUGUUACAUCUUACAAGCCACCCAAGAUGUUCUACAAAGACAUGUCAAUGCAAUUCACUGUCAAUAAACAAACAAAAGCCCCCAAAUCUUUGGCUAGAGGUGGCCAGUGUGGUGGGGCAGAAUUUACCUUCCAAUGCCAGCCACUGUGACUUUCCUGGAUGGGGCUAGAAUGGGUCAGAGUGGAAACGAGUUGAGGUUCUGUGGAUGCACCAACAGAAGCACUGGAUUGGCUCUGCCAGGGUAUCCACACAGCUCCAACUUCAGCACUACCCUGCUCUCACAGCUGGGGAGGGGAGGCUUAAACUUCCCCUUAACAAUCAGAAAGAAGGUCUGGCUCAUUAAACAGCAAAAUAAAACUGAAAAGGUCACGUCCAAGAGACUUAAAUAGAUGUAUUAAUCCAUCUAGAACACCCUCUACUGACAUUUUAGCUGUCUAAAGAAUAGCGUUGAAGAAUCAUAAAUCACACACUGUUUAUUUGGAUCCAGAUUAUUCUAUGGUUCUUUAUAUGUUGUGGAAAUAUUAUUUUGACAUAGGUUUUGUUUAUAGACUUAUCUGUUUUAAUUAUUGCAUUACAGAGUUCUUAUAUUCUGGAUUUUUGUUUCUUCCCAUCUUUUUUACUAUAAGGUUCAACUCCAUUUUUAUAUAAUAAAAUUGUAUUAACACAUUUAUGGGCAGCACAGAUACUAUUUUUUGUGUAUGCAUAGCCUGAUUAUUAAGCUUAUUUAAGUCUGUUAACUUCAUUUUGUUCAUUUGUUUGUUUUACAUUAAAGCUCUCCUCCUCAGCACCCAUGCCUUUUAUUUAUUUUGUGUUUCAAAAACUCACAAUGCAAUUGCUAAUCACAUUGCCAUUACUGUAAUAUAUAUUUAGGCUCACUGACCUGGUACAGGCAACUUCUAGUCUCCCCUGUAGCAGCUGGUCCAGUCCACAAGCGCAUGUGAUUGCAGUGCUAGACGUGACUAUUUUGAGUGUGGAGGAAAACCAUCUCAAGCAUGGCAAGGAGGGGAAAAUGUGCAUCAUUAAGGUUUCAAUGACAGCCUCAGGAAAGUCACAGGCUAUUGAACUAACGUUGGGCGCUGGCUCAGCAGUCUCUAUGCCACCUGAUUCAAUCUACUUUCAUUACUUAAGAAAUGCACCAUUUACUGAACUACAGUUGGGCUGUUACUUGGGAAAACAGGUUCCUGUGUGCAACUGCCUGCUUCACAUGUAACUUUUGGUACGUGCUGUAUACCUGCAGAGUUUCAUGUUGCCCCUAAAUGCCCUCUUAACCUUGGCAGAGAUUUAUUUCCUGCAAUUAACCUCAAGGGUGUUAAGAAGCACUUUGGUUCCCCUCAAUCACAAAAUUGUUGUUGUUGUUUAGUUGUGUCCGACUCUUCGUGACCCCAUGGACCAGAGCACGCCAGGCACUCCUGUCUUCCACUGCCUCCCGCAGUUUGGUCAAACUCAUGCUGGUAGCUUCGAGAACACUGUCCAACCAUCUCGUCCUCUGUCGUCCCCUUCUCCUUGUGCCCUUCAUCUUUCCCAACAUCAGGGUCUUUUCCAGGGAGUCUUCUCUUCUCAUGAGGUGGCCAAAGUAUUGGAGCCUCAGCUUCAGGAUCUGUCCUUCCAGUGAGCACCCAGGGCUGAUUUCCUUAAGAAUGGAUCGGUUUGAUCUUCUUGCAGUCCAUGGGACUAGUCAUUUUUAUUAAAAAAAACAUUUUAAUUUUCAUUGAAUUUUUUUUUAAUGCAACAAAAUGAGCAUCCAGAGCAACUGUGUACAGAGUCUGAGUUUCAUGGCCAUGUAAUAGCAAUACUCAUAAGACUGAAACAUUAAGAAUGGAUGCGUUUCAAUGAGACUUAAACAAGAGUAAGGUCACAGCCACACCAUUGGUGAAAUGUAAUGUAGCACUAAGAAGAUGGUUUCACCAGAACAUGCAUUCUGCUUGCCAGAGAAAACACUCUCUCCCCACCCCCAUUCUGGGGGUUCUUCUGAUCCUACAGAUGAUUUGUGAGGUGUACAUGGUGGAAGAGGGGAAGGGGAGAAGAGGAAACCCUCGAGAUCCACAGGUUCCCCAUCCCUGCUGUGUGAUAUUUGACAAUGCAUGUGAAUUUGUCCACAAAGUUAAAAUGCAACAUGUGACAGCUCGUUGUCUGUUGCCGCCACCAUUGACAUUUCAGGAACCUUGUCCCUAAAAAGGUCCCCCGCUAGCUGCAUAAUACUAGAGAGUGGUCUCCAUUUGGUAUUGCUACCUAUAAUUUCUUAAUGCCUGUUUUUGAUAGACCUGCUUGAGCAGCAAUUACUGUCUCUUAACAGAGGGAAAUACAAUAUUGCCUUUAAUCAACAGAGCUUGAAGCACUGUUGGUGCGAGAUGUGGUCGUCUAGAGUUAUUACAGGAAAUCAAGUCAGCAGUUAUGAGGGGGGAAAUCAGAUAAUGGCAGAAAAGUAAGACUGAAGAGGGAAAUGGUCUCACAAAUAACAGGACUGAGGGGAACAGUUUCCACCACCACUUUUGAAAAAUCAAUUUCUGCUUUAGAAUAAAAAUAUGUUGACAUUUAAUGCAGCCCUAUUUUUCUUGCUACAUUUUACUGUGAAUUUAUAAAUGCAUUGAUUUCCCCCUCUCUUUUGUCCUUCCCUUUCUCCUAGUGGAUGACGAUGACAAUGUACUGCUAAGCAAGUGACAACGCUCUAUAAAUGCUGGUAAGCAUUUAAACAAAUGCUGUUAUAUAUAAAGCUUCCCUUCCAAAACCUCUUUCUUAAAGGCUUUAAUAUCAAACAGUGUAUUGGGGAAGUACACUUUUUGCAGAAUUCAAUCUGUUAAAUAAGAAGUCCUAGCAUGGAAAGUGCAUUUCCUGAUGGCCCCUGCUCACUUUCUUUGGUUGGCUGUUCGAAAUGCAUGCUACAAGUUGCUGAAAAUAUAAAUCGCCACCUUCACCACAUCCUCCACCAACAAGAAGCUCACUUAAUAUGUUCUUACCACUUUGACGGAAGCCCCAGAUCAGAGGCCAGGGUUGUUGCUACCAUUUCCCCUUCCCGGACAAGGUGCCAUCCCAGUACACUUGGAGCGAGGGCGAGUCACGUAGAAUAUACACAUGUAAAUAAGUUGCCAUUUUUGUAGACAAUUAAGGUGAAGAGCAUUCACAGCAAGAUUCUAGUCUAUGAUGGGAGUCAAGUGGGCGGAUGGAAGGAAAUCUACCGGAUAGGCCAUUCUCAACAGAUUCCUCCGAGAUCCCUACUCAGCAGUGCUACUUGAUUCAAGUUGCCAUCCUGUGCACACUUACCCAGGAAUAAGUGCUACUGAAUGAAAUGGAAUACAUUUAUUUCCAAACAAACAUGCCUGGGAUUGUGUUACCCACCGUUAAUGAACCCUCUCCAUAAUGCGGCCCAAUCCUUUCAUUGAGAAUGAAAAUCAGGAGGGACUCUUGUGUACACUUCUGAUGUUUAUAUAUUGUUCUUUUUCUUUUUUCAAGCUGAAGAGGUGUGAAGAAUGACAAAUGAAGAAUGACAAGUGAAGUGGCUGUGUCAUCACUGCAGCCUCUCUACGAUGGCAGGGCGGCAGAGGGAGUAGCCACUGUUGAAACUAUGGAGCACAUCCAAAUGUAGUGCAGUGGUUAAACUACUGGAAUCAACCAGCUGAUGAGGGAUGUAUUUUUCCUGCUCUUUUUUAAAAUAAAGUUUUUCUAUUGGUUUU